GCGGAGAGGAGUUGUGCGAGAUUUCAGUCCAGCCUCCAGCCACGCGUGUACAGAGUUGUGUCGUGAGCGGACCCAAACAGACGAACCGUACUGACCUGUUGUGAAGAAUGUGACAGUACAUUUACAGAAUCUUAUUUUUUGAAACUCAUCGGAUCUUUGGUACAUUUCCCUGUCUUUGUUUGUGCUAAAGAAGUCAUGGAGCCGAUAACAAAGUGGACGCCGAAGCAAGUUUUCGACUGGAUGAAAGGUAAGUCCGGGGGAGCAUUUUGUGUGUUUAGUUUAUAAAGUUUUCUAACAGAAGGAAAAGUCUAUUAAUGACAGUCUCUUUUCUGAAGUUGUUGCGCCCGCACUUUGACUCGCAGCUCAGUUAUCCCGGGUUAGUUUCGUAGAAACUGCUCCUGUGUGUCAACAUACCUCCGCUGCAGCGCUGAACAAUAGGACUGCAUUUCUUUCCUCUCACUGAACAGAUGUUAAGAAGUUAAGCUAUUUAAUUUACUCGAGCUGAUGGAAAGCCGCUCUUUGAUUCACGUGCUGGACUGCAGCUUAACCAACUUUUGAAUGAUCUUACUUACUUGGUGUGACAGGGAGCAGGUUGGCUUUAUGGCAAUAUCCAAUUAGAGGCGAACGGAAUGGACCUUUACUUUUAAGUUUAAAAAAUAAAGAAGCUUUCUAACCCCUGAGUGACUACUUUUACAAAUCCAUGCACUGAAUCAUUGUACACUUUAAUUGAUACUGAUGUGUGACCAGUCUGAUGUAAAGUACAUGUUUAAAAUCACUGUUUAUUUUAAAUAUUUUGGGGCCCUAUCAAUCAUUUCAGUGCUUUGUUCUGACACCAAUAAAAAACCUUGCCUAUUUCAGACACUGAGAGGAAUUCUCGCUAUGGUAAUGCCAUCAUUAACUUAGAAUCAGUCACAGCGUUGGUAUUUCCACUGAGGGACGCCAAGUGGUAUGUCAACUAUGAAUGGAACAUUCAGCCUGCUAUCAUUCCCAACACUUAAAAAGUAAAGUGUGUGUAUGUAAGAGUCACAGGCUGUUCAUAUUGUCGGAUAUGAGGCGAAGUUGUUUACCUUUGCUUUCCACAUGAUUUGGAAGCUUCCUUUGGCAAUGUAUGACUUUUUUUAUUUUUCAUUUUACCACAUUUCAGAUCCAGGGACAAGCUGUUUUCAAAGUGAUGUGGCUCUGUAGUUACUGCUGAUUGAGGCAUGCCUGCCAUAGCACAUUCAUAGUUGGAAGCUAAAGGGGAUUGUGGGGUUUAGUUUUUAGUGUGUCCAGUGAAAAGGGCCCAGCCAGGGCACGCAUGGAUGGAGGAUUAGUUGUCUACACAGGCCCCCUUGCUGUCAGUCUUGUACAAAUCUGACUCAGCGGUUGUCUCUGUAGGUCUUAACAAGUGGAUUUGCAGACCUCCCGACAGACAUGGUUGAACUGAACUGACUGACUGCAAUGACAAUGAAAACAGGCCAUUCAUGGGAAGACUUUAGAGAACCUUUUCACAUAAAAAACGUGCACAGGCAAGGAAUGACAGCAAACAUCAGGUCAUCUAUUUAUUGUUUGACAGCAUUGACAACAUAUGAUGAAGCCUUUUGAAGUUAUUUACAAAUCGAACUUCUCUCAAUGUGGUUUUACCGGGCUAAAUAGAAAUUUGAUUGCUCAGAGAUUGUAUUUUAACAAGGUUUAGACAAACAUAACUUAGACUGAAUUGGAUCGGCCUUUUUGUGAUAAGAGAGACAAACUUUCUCCAGAUCCCUGAUUUGUUUAGUCUCCACAAACUGAUUGUGGUCUGAGUAAUCCCAGGAUGGAACUUAAUCCAAACUCAAAAUAAUUAUUUUUGUCCUUAACAGACUGAAUAUGGUUUCUGUCUCAUUAUCAGUCUAUGCCCCGCAAUUGUGUUGCAUAUCCUUUUUUUUAAAGAGCAGUAAAGUACUAGAAAGUAGCCAAGGGAGGGCUUGAAGUUGUCAACAGUGUUCAUGCAAAGUUAAAUGUCCGAUUCCUAAUGCUUUACAUCAAGUUACUACAGUACAACCACUGCCUGUGUAAUUCUUCUCUGUAAAAGACAACCAGCAAGAAUAGGGUCAUAGCCCUAUGUUGGCCUGUUCACACUGGUUACAAGCACAAAUGUUUCCAAAGUUGUUGCACCUGUGUGACAAGUCAAAAUUUCUCCCAAAAAGCACCUUUAGAGAGCCUUUGCUCCCCUUUCCUUCAGGUUGUUGUCCUCAGAAAAAGACAGGGACUGUUUUGUGUAUUGAAGCAGUUGUUAAUGACUUGUAUUGUUAAAUGAGAUCAAGCAGUGGUUGGUGGCUGUUUAUUGCCAGUGAAAGGGCAUUUGGUUCUUUCAGUUUAAACACUGUUGUGUUUUGUUUGGGGACUACAGAUGCCCUGAGGUGCAUUUCCUUCCCCUACAAGCUCUGAUCUUCCAGCUGGGCCUUGUUUCACGUGAUUGGUAUUCCAUACAUCAUGUGGGGGACUGCUUAUUGUGGGGGAUCCGUGCAUUUUUCUCACAACAGCACUGAUGUCCCAGUAUAGUGUCCUUUAAACCCCUGAAUUCUCUCCUUGUCUGGUUGAACACUUUCAAACUAAAUUAUGGUUGAAUUGAAGAACUUUAUCCGGCAGUGAUAACUUAGUGACCUACAUGUCCAUGUUAGCAAAGUCAAAAGAUUAAGUCAUAUGCUGCCAAAUAUAGUCCGGAAUCCACAUAGGCAAACCCUCAGCUGACAGGGGUUGGCACUGUUCAAGGAUGUUUUGCUUUCACUCAGCUGAAUAUUUCCUCAUUUUCUAGACAUAGUUUUGUUUUUCAUUCUGGUCUACUCUGUAGUUAUUUCAACAAAGACGGUUAACAAGGAAUCCCAGAAAUGCAAACCUGUCCUGCACUGCUACUGUCUUACUGAGCGGUUUCCUCCAAAUCUUAAACAAAUGCUGCAAUUCAGUCCACACUGACUGUCCCCAAGUUCUAUACUUAAAUACUGGCUUAUCAUAUUUUGCAGUUGUGGAUCUGUGCAUAUAUUUACCGUGUGUAUUUGAACGAUGGGUGUAUUUUGAGGAAGAAUUAUGCUCUUGAAGUGACCUGCAUUAAUCUCACACCAUUCACAGAUCCAAAAAAGCCCACUGGGUCACACAUCUAUUCAUGGACUGGCUCUAUUUGCUUAUCGGUGAUGGCAAUACAGUGUCACAUAAGUGCUUGAGUGGGAACAUUUCCCUUAGCCAGAUCUCUGAUUUGAAUGUUCAAAUGUAGGUGAAAACAUUUUUUUAUAACCAUUGUUUUGAUGUCAUGUGUAUGGAAAUACAGGAAUAGCAUCAAAGGUGUGCGGCCCUAGCAUUGUUUUGAAAUAGCACCACAGUGCCAAGAUGGUAAUUGGUCCGUUAGAGAUUUGGCACAGAUGUGCGUAAUGUGCUUUUGUCUUUGAACAAGUGUGUGCUAGAAAAAAUAACGUCCUUAUAACUGAGUCAACACAUGCUAAAUGACUCUACUUAUGGAUGCCCCCAGCAAUCUUAUCUUGGGAGCUGAUAGUGAGGUGUGGGCAAUGAUGGCCCGUGAUCCUUAUCAAGCUGAAACAGAGACUUCCUUAACUGGAGUGUGAACAGACGUUGUGCAGACACCUCACUGUAAUUAAGGCUCUUGCCACCUCUUCCCACCUCUACCACAGGCUGCAUUAAUCUAUUUUAACUAACCUGUGGUUGUAGACUGUAAAUAUCCUAACAUGAGACGAACAGAAAUCUGUAUGCCCCAGAAAGUGGCCAGUUUACAGGACAUCAUCACUCAGUCAAAAGCCAUUCUUUCUUUGCCCCCUAUUAGAAGGAAAAAAUCCUGUUUUUGUCAGUCAUUUAGCUUUUGAAAUCUACCUAUUGUGUCCAGUUGAUUAAGCUGAUAACCAUGUUACCUUUCCAUAGAAAUGGCCUUUAGAGUUCAGGAGAAGUGCUGUAAGAGGAUUCCCCCCUGGGAAGAGGCAACUGAAAGGGAUUGGUGUGGUUUGGUUCCAUGGCCUGUUUCUCACACAGCCUGGAGUCCAAGCCUCAUAGCCUUGGGAGCUGUACCAUAUGGAGACUCCUGGAGAAAUCAUCAAUAGUUUAUGUUCUAAUCUAUUGAUGAGGAGACAAAAACAAACCAAGGUGUAUGUUUUAAUCUUUUUAAGAAGUCUUCACAUUGUGCUUGAGAGUUGCCACCCACUUCAACCCUUAAGAUAUUCUCAAGCUCCAGCUUUGAGAAAGUGAUUGGCUAGUACUGGCUCUAGUGAUCUGUUAUGCGAGAGCUUCACUGACUGGGGUGAGGAUUUUAUUUAGUAAUCCAAAAUCAGUUUGCAUUUUCGUGUAUUUCUGACUGCUCCUCUCUCAGUGGAAGGACAGAAGACCAAGUGUCCCCCUGUAUGCCUGCCAACCUGCAUUAGACCAGUUUGCUUUUCAUUCAAAUCUAAAAUGUGCAUUGCAAAUCUCCUGGAUGAUCUCAGCUUAGCAGGACCUGCAAGCUAUUUGGCUGUGCUCCCAAAGAGCCUUGACUCGUGAGGUGCCAGACUUAAGCCAUGGGAAUAAAAGCUCAAACCUUAGGUGGCACAGCAGCAAUGACAAACAUGGAUCACAUGCCGACUGACCUCUUCUGCAGUGAUGUCAAGUACAUGUCCUUGGUUGCUCUCACUGGAUUAUUGUGCCUGAGGGCUCACUCGCACAGUCAUGCAAUUGAAUUUUUGCCCAUAUAUUAGUCUGAUAUUGCUUGAUCUUGUAUGUUUCUUAUGCUCCCUUCAUUUUUGCAGGCUGAAUCAUCCUUACUGGGGACAAAUCAAGUUCUUUAAUCUUGAGCUUUGCGUGUAUGAUGAUUCAAACUAGUGCAGAGGAAAAAAAGCAGUCAGUGGCAUUGCUGGCAGUGCAAUCCAAGCUCCGCUAAUACAUUCAUGCUCAAAUAACCUCAAAACAUGACUGGAAUUCUGUGUUUAUCCUACAAUACCAAACCAAACCAGCAUUGCUGCCAACAGGCUACCAGAACAGGUCACCCACCCUUUUUGUUAAAUUGAGGGCCACCAGUUGCUUUCAGCAGAUCUAAAACAGUAAACAACGUCGAGUUGUCAUACUGUUAUACUGGAGUGACCUAUAUUGCCAAUGUGAUUAUGGAGAGAUCUUUAGUUUUACAAACUGCUACCUAGUUUUGUUAAGAGAUGUGACAUUCACAAACAAGUCAGUUGUUUUAACGGCUCUUUUGGUUAACGAUGAGAACCGGUUCAAGGUGACAAGCCAGUCGUUUGCGAGCCGUUCUCAUAUGCAAAUUGCCCAUGCUGCCUUCACAUGUCACCGAAGUGAACCAAACACCAGGUAGUUAUCAGUUAUCUGUAGCCUGCAUAGUUUUUUUUAUGCACCACAAAGUUUUUUAGGUGAGGGAAAAAUUCAAAAUAGUGAUCUCACUGUCAAAGCAUGGGGAUAUGGCACCACCUUAGGCAAUGUUUACAAUGAAAACACAAGCCGAAUGAAAUAAAGAUCAAAUGUUUCAGAAUAAUCCCCACCCAAGUGUACCCGUGGUUGACUUCUAUAUAUAUAUAUAUAUAUAUAUAUAUAUAUAUAUAUAUAUAUAUAUAUAUAUAUAGUCUUUUGAACGGCUCUUUGAAAAGAAUGACUCCUCAAGAUUCGGCUCCUUUCAAAGAGCCAUAAAUCCCAUCUCUACUUUUGGUUCAGGCACUUGAACAGGAGCCAGAUCAGCGCUUGUUCAGAACAUGUUCAGACUAGUCCAGAUUCCCCCAGUUUUCCACACUGACUGACUGAUUUGUUGUCAAUCACAGUGUAAUUUACUUACAUGAAAUACAGUCUUACUUAAGAGAAUGCCCUGACCUCAUUUUUGCAGUCUGUUCAAUUUAUAUUUGCAUGAGAGCAAUCUGAAGGUAGCACAUCAGGAAUUCAUGUUAUUAUUGUAUUUAGACCUGAGUGCAUGUGCUCUUGUUUUGACUUGCUGUGACGUGUCUUGGUGUGUCAACUCUGGUUCUCAUCCUAGUGCUGAUAGAAAGACAGCUCUGAUGGGUAAACCUUUGUUUUGUCAGCAUUGACAAUGUAUUGAUGAGCCCAGAGAUGUGUUAUAAGCACGCCAUCAUGAACCCUGAAUAGACGGGAACAUUUGUUUGUUCUAACCAGGAGACUAAAGAACACCUGUCUGUCUUGGUGAAAAUUUAACCGUAUUGUCAUGAAGCUGUACAACACAAAAGUGCAUAUGGAGAACUCAUAAUGCUGAUAUAUAAACGCAACUAUGCCAAUCAAUCAGAUUUGCUUCAAAAAGAUGAAACUUCACCAAGAAGGUUUGCAUAAAAUCCCACCAGCUCAGAGCAGUGAUACAAUGUACACCAUGUUUUCCAGAAACCUGCUUUUAAAAAUCUUAUUUCUUUUUUGUUCCUCACCAGUUAAAAUGUACAUGUCAAUAAUGUAUCAGCAAACAGGUCAAACGUGAAAGAUCCAGCCUUUUCAUUUUGGAGCCUGUUUUGAAAUGCCUUAACCUACUGAACCAAAUAAGAUGUUGUGUUUACUCAAAGCUCUCAGCGAAGUCAUAGUGAAUUUGUUUGAGCAGGGAGUGGUGCCUCCUCUUUGAGGCUUCUCCAGACCAAACGAAACAAUCAUGGGAGAUUCUCAUGAUCCUGUCUUUUGUUCCUGUUGCUGCAGCCACCUGGGAAAAAAUUCUCUCAAAUGCCCUCCGGCUUUGUUUGUAUGUGGCUACCUUUCUAGUGGUCAGUGCAUUUAUCAUUUAUAGACUGUUCCUUUGACAACUGGCCACAAAAGUGAGGGAGACCCACAACAGGUGCCAUCAAGAGCACAAACAAACCUCACCUGCAAAUAGGCGGAGUCUGUUUUUCCUCAUGUGCAGCUUUGUGUGUUUCAUCACUGGAUUAGUGCAUGAAUACAAUUUCAAGAGACUCAUCCUGAAACACUAAAGACAGAGAGAAUCAGAGUUACCAAACAUUCACACUCAACACGCAGCGUGUGAAUGUGUAUCUAAACAGAUGCGUCAUACGCGCUGUGUCAUGGCCCGCAGGUGACACACUGUCACUAACUGCUGCCUUACACUGAAGAUGACUCAUGCUUAUCCACCCGCACCCAUCGCCACGGGGAAUAUGGGAUCAGCUGCCCAUGGCCUGCAGGCUGCCUCGUGAUGUCUUACUCUGCAUAAUUGAUUUAACUGUCUGUCAUAUUCACUCUUUACUGUCAUAGAGAAGAGAGUGAUUCAUGGAGAACUUUCAGGAAAAGAUAAUGAAGGGUUUUGAAUGGAGUUGAGAGGCCUGUUCUGUACAAGGAGGUAGGAUGAUGCUCUCAGUCCUUUGACCCCUGUGUUCUUCCCUCCUGACCUGAGCACAAGCCAGUUGUAAAUCAUUGGAUUUUGGUCACACUCUCCUUUUCCUCCUCUUUAGUCUCCGCCAACCUUCUCAAACCCCCUGUUCCCCCUUCCUCUCACAACCCUCCCCCCACUUCCUCUGUCUCCAUAGUAACCCUGCUUUUAUUUACAGAGCAAGCCAAUGCUUUAGCUCUUCAUUGUGACAAAAGGGGGGGGGGGUUUGACCACUGGUAGCACUUUGAGCUACUAAUGCAAAGUGGCCUUAGCCCCGGAAGAAAGCAGGCGGCAAGCUGGAUUUGCGUGAUGAAACCAGGCGAAGGAACCGGCCUCAAACUGUGCAAGGAUCAGAAAUGGACCUGCUGUCAGAUUUGAUUGAGGAAAUCCUCUGAUUGGCUUGGUAGUGAAGCUUUUAUUCAUUGCAGGGGUUGCUCUUUGGGCAAUUUACAUCAAUUAGAUGCUGAAGGAUACUUGAAACAGAGCAAGCAUAACCCCCAAUCAUACCAGUGACAGAGACAAUAGAAGUAUGAUUAUACAAAAUGUGACUCUGCACGCAUGUAUCGGCCUUGUGCAUUGACAGUCACAGUGCUAACACAUUUUUCUCAUGGCAAACUAAAGGAGUGGGACAUGUUUCCUCCGAGAAACUUUGUUCAUCUCUAUUGUGGUUUCUAUAGGCAGCUAUUAUGUUGCUGGUAAAUUGCUCUGUAAUCAGUAAGCAGGCCCACCCUGAUCAUACAGCAUACAAGUGAUGGAAUAGGGGCAGUAAACAGUGUGUGUCUGUUUGUGUCUCGGCGGUUGUGACUUUGAACAGAGGGGUUAAGGUUAAGAAGGAGACUUUGCUUGUUUAAAGGGGUAAUUUUCUUCUUUGUCUCUUGUUGGUUUUUAAGUCGCUGACUUUUGUUCCCACACUUUUAAGCCUCUCUCCGUCUAUCUGCGUCUUUCCAAAGAGCCACGGUCUCUAAUUAAAGUUCUCCAAGGGAUAUGAUGUAUACAUUGUUGUAAAGUGAGCGAUUUAAAAGUCCUGUUGAUAACACAAACACAGCAGUCUUACCCGCAAACACAACUUUCUCAGUGAGGACUCCGAGGCCACACAGAGUUUGGGUCCUUUUUGCUUUUUCUUAUUGCUUACAAACACCUCUUGUGAUAAAAUAACCAGAGAACAAGACGAUCCCAGAAUUCCUGAAGCAACACUCAAUUGUAUUGUGUGUUUUCACAACACAAGGACUGUGAAUAUCAUGGGACUUUUGAACCACAACAAUAUCAAGAUGAGAGAAGCCAGGAAGAGACAAAGAUUGAGGUGGGUGGAGGAGCACAACCAGUGCUCGCAAGAGAAUAAGAGGAGGGGGUGAUCUAUCCAUUUCUGAGGUCCUUGUUUCUUUUUUUUGAGGGUGUUUCUGUUCUAUGUGGUAAGAAGCUACAGUAUGGCCGCAGGGUCCACUAGCUGGAGAGUAAAUGGUGUUGAUGUUGGCUUUGAGAGGUUAGUGCUCCUAGCUCUGCUACUGUCCCUGUCAAGCACACAAGGGUCAGUCACACCUACCUGUGCAAACAGGUAGUAACAUGGGCUUAUGUGUUUUCCAGGUAUGUUUAAACUUAAUAUUGAGUAUCACCAUCCUGGUGUCCCCAGGAAUAAAUCAGACUCUAUUGUAUGAAUACAUUGGUGGAGCGUUAAAGGAAAAGGCUUGUUUCAAAUAUUGAAAAAUAUCGGGAAAAAUAGUUUUGUCUGUUCUGGCAGUGAACCUGUAACACUAUCAUUUUAAAUAUUUUGUAUCCAACUAGAUAUAAGCUCUCCUUUUCGUAAGCAUUUUACUCAAGCUAAGUUAUGUCAAUAUUAAGGGUAUAUAGAAGUGCCGGGAAGCAGCAGCCUUGUGAAAAAACUGUACUCAAACUAAAAAUCCCAGAAACAGUGCAGAUAACCAUCUGCAUUUUCAACUGCACACAAAGAAAUUCUGACAAGAGAACAUAAAUUUAGUUUCAGGUACAAACUCGUUGACCCAGACAACCAGUUUUUCUGUUUUUUUUUGUCUCCACGCCCUUGGCGUAAAAAACAACUGUUUUGGUUGCUGCAGAUUUGCAAAGACCCUGACUUAUGUGCCUGCAGCAGUCCACUUUAUCUGUGUUCAAACAUCCUUCUUGCUCUAUGCUUGUUGUUCCUCAAUCCUCUGAUCUGCUAAUGUAGCCAGAGGUCAUCAUGUAUCAGGUCAUGGGACAGCCAAAAUACCUCUCUUAACCCCCUGUACUCUGACCUGCAACGCCUCCAGAUGCAACCUCUCACCUCUCCCUGGUCAAUAUUAACUGAGCUCCAACAGCCCAGACUUCUGAAAUCUGACAAUGUGACUUUGCUUGACUGCUGGGGAUGUGAGGAUUAACUGAGCCCAGGGGCUGGCACUGGUAGUUGCAGAUGAGCUUCAACCAACGACAUCUUGGCGAACUUUGACCCCUCUUCCGUCAUCAGUCAUCGUCCAUCACUCCUUACUGACAGAGCUGCUUUUGUCUGUGUGAGGACGGAGUAGCCUCAGCUGUUUUUUCUCACUUAGUGCCAUUUUGUAAGUUGUCUGUGUUUAAGAUGAAGGUACAUGAAGUGAAACACCCUUUGUUUGCUGGAGGAAGCAGUGAUAAGAUUAAAACAGGAGAUGCACAGGGUCAAAGCUAGUUAAGAUGUCAGAAAAGCAAUCGAGAUAGGAACUUUUAGGACUAUCAAAACUACGUCAAAUCUUUGCAGUAUCUCGUAACACGGCACACAGAUCUUUUGUUUUUGUCCAUCAAGGAUCGUCAGAGAAAGCUAUAACAUUGUACACUGUUCUCAGAUGAAGACACAACAUGCUCAAUGAAGAGAUGUAGAGCACCAUUGUGUAACUCCAAUCCCCCAGUUCCCAUUGGAAAGGCCAGCCCAGUGUGUGCAUGUGUGUGUACAGUCUUUGUUGUUGUCCUGUGAAGUCAUGCAUUAGAAGAUAGCUUUAGCAGUUGCCGAGAGGAGCUUUUUCUUUCUUUCUUUCUAAUUACAGCAUGGCCUGAUCCAGCCAGAGACCAUUGUGCCCGAGUGCUGUGAAUUCCCACAAUGGAGCUGCUCAGCAGAGAACAAUGAGUCAAAUUCCUGACCGUUCCCCACAGGUUCAGAGGCUGGCUUGACAAAUAAAGACAGCAGAGUUACAGUGGCUCUGCUAUUCUACGCUCAGUAGCUUUCCCACUGGCCACCCCAGUGGGGAUAUUGGUUUGUGUUUUUGUGUGGUGUGUGUGUUUGUCCUUGUUUGUGUGUAUGUUACAGGGCAGCUCAAAUCCCACUGGGAGCACAGGGAGGGGUUGAAAAUGCAGGAGGUGAAGAGGAGGAAGCUUGUUUGGUUCUUUCUGUAGGAGGUGAAAGACUGUACGCUCAUGUCUGGUGUAAUCAAACCCCUGAGAACAAAAAGUUGGCUACCAAAGGUUGCAUUUAAAGUUCUGCAGAUUACAAUCGAUCAACCUUUUUUGAACUUUUAUAAGAUGUCAUGUACAAACCUGUUUGCUGUUCCCAUGACCUUUCCAUCAACACAAACAGAAAAGGGUCCUGAGCUCUUUUGUACGAGACAACAUCAAACGCAAUCUGCUCUGUGAGGAUGGGCUAAGAUUAUGACAGGAAUAGCUCAGCCAUUUGCAAGCAAAAGAAUUCUGUUGUUUACAUGGCCAAAAAUGUGUGCUUACACAGCCUUUAAGUAGGCUGUAGAGCUCUUGGGCCUCCAACAGGUUCUGGUUCCACUUGUUGCAUCUAGACUGGAGUACCAGGGGUCGUUGCUUUCCCAGCUGUCCAAAAAUAUCCCUGCAUGUGCACCUAUACCCCAACACCAUUGUGUUGAUAACCUGUUCUACAUAGAUUCAGUGUUUGUUGAAGAAAAGAUAGUGGGUGGUAAGUUAGACCCCACACUGAACAGCAGGUGACAAAGCGGGACGUACUGAAUAACAAAUGCUUUGUGCUUACUUUUCAGUUUGUGCGUUGAUUUGAGACUUUGGCAGAUUGUAUUUGAAUAGCUUCCUGUCUUUUAAAAACCAAAUAACAUAACUGAAAAUAUUUGUAAGUUAAAUACGUCCAGAAUUCUUGUGUGCACAAUUACUGAUCUCUUAAAUUUCUGAUGACAGUGGAGCUUCGAUGUUAGAAAGAUAGUAAUGUAAAAAGAAAGAAAACCUACAGGUGCGAGUCAGCGUAGUGGAUUGUAAGCUUGCCUCAUUAAUACAGAGGCGUAUACAUUAGGGAUGGGCGAUAAAUUAUCGUUCACAAUUUAUCGUCAGAAAAUUCCUCCACGAUAUAUAUAUGUGCGUUUCACAAUAAACGCGAUACAUCGAAAAAUGCAAGUUGAUGAUGUAAGCGCACGCGACGUACUCGCAGCCGUAGCCCACACAGAGCAGAAUAACAAACAAACAUGGCCGAAGGUUGUGAAGAAGAUGUUUCUGGGCAGGUUGUUGCUACACAAGGCUCCACAUGAAGGAUUUACUUCAAGACUGGGGUUUUCACAUUUCACUAGUUUUCUCUAUUACCUACCACUUGAAGAACUUAAAGUAAAGCAUCUUUUUUGACUACGCCAACUGGUAUCCUCAAGACAGAAUGAGUCAGAAAUAUAGAUAUGAUUUAAAAUAUUUGUUAUCAGGACUUUUAUCGUUAUCGGCAGAAUGGCAAAACUUAUCACGAUAAACUUUUUUAGCCCAUAUUGCCCAUCCCUAGUAUACAUAAACACACAUAUAUUCUGGAAUUUCUCCCUGUGGGACCAGUAAGGUAUAUCUUAUUUUAUCUCGUAUCUUAUAUAUAUGCAUGCAUGUAUACACAGACAAAAGUAACCUUUUGACCUUGAUCAAUACCCCUUACUCUCAGUCAUCCAACUUCAGUCAACUUCUAAUCACAAUGAAACUUAGCUCUGAAAGAUCUUGCAUGCAUUGGUGCUGGGUAUCUGUCUGUGCCUGUGCGACACAGUAACACCCACUCGCUCUGGUUUAAGGACAUUUGCCAAGUGGUUCACAAAGGCCAUAAAACUCCAAAGCGUUUCAUCCUGCACAGCUCUUGAAAAGCCUUCACACGGUCCUCUCUUGUGCCUCCCCUUUCACUCAAUUCACAGUAAUGUGAUACUCUAUCUCCUUUUACUGGUUACUCUAGCUUUAAUGAAAAUUGAUAGUCCCACACACCCCAGCAGCCAUUGAUUGAGGCCUAAUAAAUGUUUUAUAAGGACACCCUGCUUUCACGCAGAAGGUGUUGAGAGGGACUGAUCGCUGCAGACCUUCAUCUUGCAACCCCUUAAAUUCAAUGUGAGAGUGAAAUUCUAGUAUAUUUUGGAUCAAGGGUAGGUCUUUUUCUUUGAUACAUGGAAACACGGUUACAAUUGUUCCAGUUCAAAGCCAACGCAGAUCACAUUGAACCCUCUGAACUCUCUGAAGUGUGACUUCUAGGAAUAGAAAUGUAGGGAGAAAACACUUGCUAUUGAAUGAAUGAAUGAAAGUUAAAGCAACUUAGAGAAAAGGAGACCCCUCAUUCAUCAAGUGGCGGAUGCAGAUUUAUGGAUGAUAAUGUGUGGUAUUAGAACAACUAAGCCCUCCAAAAAGCUUUAGCAAUGUGUAAAUGGAAUUACAAAAUCCCCUUGUGUCCUUUUUUUCUUCUAGUUGGUCAAGAGAGCUGCCUCAUAGCACAGGAAAUGCCUUCUUAACACUGCAGGAAGAGGAAACUUCACUCCCUUUGUGUCAUUGUUUUUAUUUGAUUGUAUUUAGUGAUCAGCCUGCUGUUUGUGAUUGGCUUGUGUUUUUUUUUUUUUUUAAGGUUUGGGUUAAAGCCAGUAUUCAGUCUAACUCAGUUUUACAAUUUGGAGUGGAUUUCCUUGCAGACUUUUGGCCAGUCAUGGGUUAAGCUUAACAUUUUUCUAAAGCCUUUUUUUUUCUUCCUGGGAAUGAAAAAAAAAAUCGAAUGAGCCUAAAUGGACCUGACUUGUGUGAAGGCUAAUGGUUAAUAAGUUCUGAUGGAAUUUCACUUUUGAUUCAGUGGAGUUGAGUCAAGCUUUCACUGUUAUUGUCCUAUGGAUUUAAAAAUGAACUUUGAUGACAUAAUGGAAUUUUAAUGGUCUUGAAGGAAGUCCUCUGUUGGUAGUGAGGCCCAGGGACUUCCCAUACAGCACAUUCCUGCAGGUAAUAUUAUUGUGAUGUUGGUGUCUAGAGUGUACUCAAGGUCAGAGAGCAAGUUGCAUAGCUCAUUUGUAUGCUGUCCAUCAUUCCAUUUGAAUUCAACAACAUUUACUUGAUUGGGUGAACUUCGUUUCUCCAAAAUAAAAGCUUAGACGUUCAGGUUUGCUGAAUGACAAAUCUCAGUAAGUGUCAAUGUGUUGCUGAAUAUAAGGUGCACAUAUUCAUACUGCCUAUCAAGUUUUAUGUCACAAAAUACGGCUGGGUGAUAAACCGAAAAUUUACUGAAACCCAAAUUUUAUGUCAAUAACCAACGUAAUUUCGCCCAUGUCAAUAUAUUCGGUGUCAAAAUAAAUGUGUGGAUGUGUGUAGGGAGGCUAUGGUCUCAUGUCCCUUUAAGACGCUGUCCUACAUCAGAGACGUGACUCCACCCCAUCCAGUCUGUAACAAAGAGGGAAAGACAGGUGAGGAGAUGGAGGACGGUUCAAAAGUUGUAGCAGCUGAAGUUAAAGAAGUUAAUGUGGGAGGGGGUGAGCACCUUGCGAGUAGUGAACAUCCAUUUAUCAUUAUUGAGGUGAACUGCUCAGUAUAUUGUGAUAUUGGUAUUGAUAUUGGCCAUAUCACCCAGCCCUAUCACAAAGUCAAUACAAUAAUACACACACCGAUUCAAAAUCCGCUCCUCUCUGAUGCAUACUCUUUGCAACAUAAGCAACAGACUUUGUGCCACAGAAGCAUGAAGAUGCAAGGUGUAAUUCAUAACAAAAACCUCAGUGGGCAUAACCCACACCCACUCCUAUCUACAUGUCCUGCAUUCAUCUGGAUGCAGUGAUUUGGUAUUAAGUUCAGUGGGCCAAAAAACAAAGGAAACUUUCUGUUGAUUCACUAUCAAACUGAAUAUUUGCAGUUACAAGUAUGUUGUUUUCUUACAUAGUGUGUAGUGUGUGUGUCUGGGGUGCUGAUAUAGUUAAAGUGAGUGUGUCCCUCAGCUGACAGGUUCGUUAGAAAAAACAGGGCGCGGAGCCAUGUAUCUGCAGCUGCCCCCUCUCUGUGAGCUCUUUGAUGGGGAGAAAGAUGGCGUUUGCCUCUGUGCACAAACACACAGACACAUACAAAGACUCAUUAUUCUCUAUGUCAUACCAACACGACUUGAAGCUCCACUGAGGGACACCCUCGUGUAUAAGAGGGGUAUUUGUGUGGGGGUUUUUGCAACAGAAAGGUCUGUACCUCUUCAGUAUGCAGUUUCUUCAUAUGAGUGACAUUCUGGUAGGACUAAUGAAUGGAGUACUGAGCAUUGUAACAGCCCCUCUCAUUUGUUUGUGGUGUUCUUGUAAUACGAGGAGGACAUCCUUUACAGUGGCACGUUUAUUAGAAAGCCCACACCCAUUUACAUACACAUCCACUCACUAACAAAUAUAACCAUUCAUUGUUUAAUCAGCCUAACCGACUUUAAGGUUUCAACCGUUUUCCUGUUUAUGGUGUGUUUGUCUAGCAAAUACAGCAGUCACACCUGUUCUUUAUCUGCACUGUACACACACAUGUACACACUCAUGCACUCACACACACACAUGCGGACAUACAAGGACAGAAAUCCCCCCUCCCCCAAAAAGCACAAGCAGUUUAACUGAUUACCCAAAUAUUUCUGUUUUUUUUUUUAUUCAGGGAAGAAGCUUUUCAAAAUGUCUGAGUCUUUCUGUUAACCUUUUGUCCUCUUGUGUGUCCAGGUUUGGAUGACAGCUUGCAGCAGUACGUCAGCAACUUUGAGCGGGAGAAGAUCAGUGGGGAACAGCUGCUUAAGAUCACACACCAAGACCUGGAGGAGCUCGGUGUGGCUAGAAUCGGACAUCAGGAACUGGUGCUUGAGGCCGUCGAUCUGCUCUGUGCUCUGGUCAGUAGAUCCGUGCUGCAACUUUUUGUGGCUUACAUAAAUUGUGUCCAUGUACAGUGACAGUUAAAACCACUGUUAUGGGACAAGACUGUAUCUGAAGACUGAAUUUACACAUUUUGAAUUUGGACAAAGAAGAGGCGAUGUCCUGAUCGUUGUUCCGCCCUUUUGCUGCCAGCGUCCACAAUCACUCAAAACUCAGCCUGUACUUUCUGGUUGGGCAGCUGAAGGGCCCAGUGAUGCAGAAAGGCUCAUCAUUUCCCACACAGCUCAGUGGGGUGUGGAGGCACCACAACACACGCAGCAGCCUCAGGAUAUUAGGGAACAGCAAUGUCACUCUGAAACGAGCAGAGAUGGAGUCAGAGGGGCCUGAUGGUUGUUUUAGCAGUUGAGAUAGUUUGAGGCUAUGAGGGUCAGUUGAUGGUUAUCAUAAAGCAACCAGUGGUUUUUGGGUCUCUUUGAUACAUCAAAAGAAAGCUACUUCUUCUUCACACAUAAGCUAUAUUUGUCUUUUGGGUCUGGGCCCUUACAGCUGGAUCUGUCUGCUCACCUGAGCCAAUUCAAUUAUUGACCUUGUUUGGCUCUUGUUAGUCACUCUGGGAGCAAAUCAGCCGACCCUUUGUCCAUCAUCACAGCUCCCAGAAGCCAACAAGAGUGUCUCUGCUUUCAACUAGUCAACAUGAAAGAGUGAUGAAAACUGUCCAUGCUCCGACUGAAGAGAACCAUGUUUUCUGACAGAUGGGAUCAAUCUUAGAGUUUUAUCACUUCCUGUGCUAUAAAAGGCUAAGACUGUGGUCCCCUUGUUUUCAUCUGUCAGCAUUGUAGACUUCACGCUGUCUUUAAAAGUCUUGCAUUAAGUAACUAUAAAUUUCAGGUUUUUUGCCCUACAAUGAGGCUUUACUGCAUGUUCAGGUUGUAGGUUCAAAGGGUUUGCAUCAACACUGAUCUGCCAUCUUUACUCAAAGAAGCUACUUUUGAUACUUUCCUUUCAUCCUCUUUAAAAGUCCAUGAGAUGCAAGAGACACUUAUCAAUGAGGUUGCAUCUCAGUUCUUUGCCUAUUUUGCACAUGUGGAUGACAUUCAAAAAGCUGAUAUGAUAUCACCUUCAGUGAGAGUCUAAAAAUGGCAAACAUUUUGUACAACAUUACUGUGGUCUGUAAUAAGUCAAAUACACAAUAGGUUUUUGGUCUGGCAUGCAUUGUACUUAUUUUAAUACAGGACAUGCGUACAGGCCAUGCUGAGACGGAGCAGCAGCAGCUGACGACUGGCGGAGAGCAUCGAAUACAUGUGACUCUUUAUAUUUGAUGCCGUGUCCUGUUGACAAAUGUUUAAGCGUGUUGCUGGGGUUUCUACCUUUGUAUGUUAUCACUGCUCAACACUGCUUUUUUUCCUCAAAGUCUCUGUUCACGUUCGCGCAGACUGGCUCUCGCGAGACUGUUUUUCAAGGUAAAAUGUAAACAAUGUUGAUGGAUUGAAUCAUUUGGAACCGGCCUCUCUUAACAAGAACUGGUUCUCAAUUCCCAUCCUUAGCCUUUACCUUCAACUUCGAAACCUCAGCUGGGAUAUCUUAACCAAAGAUCUAGCCAGACAGUUUGCAGGUUUAACUUGAAUAAUAAUUUUGUCAUUAAUGAUUAAUUCAUCCCUUUCAAAGUGUGAGUUUGUUUAACCAUGUGUAGGUAAUGUGAGCUGGGUUUUGGCUGUCAUGAGACAGGAAAGUGUAACUUCUGACAAACACAUGAUGUGCUGAUGCGACACUAUUCUGCUUAACUUUCACCAAGUAAAACAGUUUGUAAUUUAUUUAAUCUUGAGCAAAAAACAGAGAUUAGCAGUUUAAACUCUACAUUUGAAAAGCAUCGCCUCUAGAAAAUGACACCUGGAAGCAUUUGGCACAUAUUUGCCUUUUUUGUUUUGUUUUGAUAGAUUUACUGUUGGUAGAAUAUGUGCCAUAUGGUCCAUUCAAUGCUCCAGAACCUCUUUCACUAUCAGAGUAAUCAGGCACAGAUUUUUGUUCACCCCUAGAACCUUCACAUCAAGGCAGUGAAAUCUCAAGUAGUUUUCCUGUUGAGCAGUCUCAUAAAUUUGGCCUCCAGAGUGCUUCCUCAGCAUGGUUCUGUAAUUUAAGUGAACCUCUUUCCCUGCAUGGGAACUUGGUGAUACAGUGUGUUUGUAUACACUUCAAGUCUCAGGCAGAUCAAGAUUUGGCUCAAUGUAUGACCCUCCUUCACUUUACCUUGUUGUUGUUGACUAUCAGCCAUUGUUCUGGGUCUUUCUAGUUAGGAAUGAGUCUAUGGCCUUCAACAGGCCGGUGACAGGAAGUGAGGGCCCCCAACUCAAUUAGCUUUAACUGUGACAAGGUCAGUGCUACCAACAGGUCACAGGUCACUGGCAUCCAAAACCCCCACAAGCUCCCUCUUUCCUCCCUCUUUUUUUGUUGACUGUUGGAUCAGACACUUCCAGCUGGUGCGGAAACAUUUUUUGUCACACUGUUUGAUAAUUUUCUGAGUAAAACCACUUGCAAAUGCACUUAAGAUUAUGCUUUAUGGUUGUACCUAUCGAAUGUCAUGAAUUUGAGCCGUAUGUGCAGCCUCAACCCCUAAGCCAUGAUGAAUGAUGGCCUACUAUACAACCCCAAAGCCCCAGAAAACGUCCAUGCGUGUGCCUCUCCUUCUCCCAAAAGCUAUCAAGAGCCAAUUGCUGUCUGGGGACGAAAAGGGAACAUUUCAAUUAAUUUUAUUGGACUUCUCAGAGACGUGAUGUCUUCUGCAGAGUCAAAGUUGAAAUUCAACUCUUCUCUAGUUGGUCUCAGACCCCAGUGACCCACUCAAAGAUCAGCACCACAUGACAUCCGUGCACACAGGCUGCCUGCAGCUGCCAUAAAACAUGCAGUACAUGAGCGAUCUGCAGGCCUCAUCAUGAGCUGCAGAGCUGCUGGAAAUGUAUUUUACUAAUGCCCAGGGAUGAUUAUGUCUCAAGAUAUUAUGUUACUCUAACCUCAGAUGGCACAUUAAAGGGACAAAUGCACACAGACUAAACUCACAGUCACACACGCAUAGAUACAAAAUACACACACAUGCACACACACACGCUAUAUCUACCCUUCAGGCAUGUGUAACUUUUAUAGUAAAGUUAGAUCCAAGUAAUGCCUGUGGCAAGUACAGGAAGUGCUGUGUUGUGAUAGCCGUUCUUCAUUUCUCUUCAAGGCACUUAUACCAGAAUAUAGUCCCCUCACAGAGCCUCAACUAAACAUCUUGAUUCUAGAUUCACUGAAUGUCUAUAAAAGGUACUGAAACAAUGUAAAUUUGGCUCAAGAUGCUGUUAUGAGAAUGAAAAAUUGGAUGUGACUGGAACCACUGGUUUUAGCCUCGGACAUGUUUUUUAGCUCAGCUGGCUGUGUGGGACAGAGGCUCUGUGGACAUCUGUGAGCCAGUUCGAACUGCUGUGACUGUGUGAUCAGCCUGCUAAUGAAAAAGCCAGGCGAGACGUUUGAUCUGGAAAGGGCUCACGCUGCUUUCAAAUGCCACUCUCACUGUGUAAAUGAGUGAAGGAAAAACACAACUGUUAAACGGUUUAUUUCUUUAAUCUGUUCAAUGACUGAGUGCUUGCUUAUCUUCACGGUGUUUGAAUAAUUCAUUUUAUGUUAGGCCACUUUGUGUAUUUCCAGACUUCAUUGAACUGUGUGUUUUUUAACUCAUGUUGGAGAGUUAGUAGAAUAAAAGCAGACCUUAACCACUUGCAGAUUUUCUUUAUAGUGUCUCAAACACGUGCUGGUUUACUCCUUGCAAAGCAUAUUUAGCUACUGGCCUGUCACACGUGCAGCAACAUUACUGGCAGCGAUGCAACACCAUGUAAGCUGAUAUUUACCAGGACAGAAGCCAGUCUGCUUUUUCUCUGUUUACCCUUAGCCAACACAUUAUUCAAUCAAAACAUUGCUCAAAAGUUCGAAACAGCCCUUGGUCAAGCGGUUAUCCUCAGUCUCAGACAUCCACUUUUCAAGCCAAGAAGAAAAUUGCGCAUGGUGUUGCUGCCCUGCACCCUGCAGCAGUUAAAUUCAUAGCUGGUCUGCACAGUACUUUGUAACCCUCAGAGACAUAAUACUUGACUUGCUUGACUGCAUGUCAAUAACCUAUAAAUCAAAGGAAUGCAAAAGCAGGAAACUACCCAGCCUAAAGAAUGCAGACUUUGCUCCGCUUGACUAGAAUCAGGUGAUGGCACAUGCACACCCUUCCUGCACAUGCUGGGACAAACUUGGAGACAAGUGGGGAGUUCUCAUGCUGAAACUGCACUUCAAUCAAAUACGUCAAAGAAAUGAUUGCAGCCUGUUAUUGUACAUGAUUCAACCUGCUUUUUGGGGAGUGAGUUUCUGUUGUUGUGUAAAAAGUACCUCCCAUGUCUAGAUCAUGUAAAAAGGUUGUUCAACUUGUUAAGAAGUUUGACUGACAUUGUCUCAAAUAUAAAUGUCUGUUUUUUUAUUCUUUGUUUGACUCAGUUGUCGGGAUUUUUUUUUUCCAGAACUACGGGGUUGAGACAGAUAACUUGAAAAAUCUGGUUGUGAGGAUGAGAGCUGCUACCAACAGUCUUCACAUGGCCACAUCUGAUCGUAGGAAGAGCCCUGAAUAUGACGGCAGCACUUCACGCAAGCCACCCAAUGACUUUCUUACCUCUGUGGUGGAGCUGAUCGGUGCUGCUAAAAGCCUCCUGGCUUGGCUUGACAGGUACGAUUGCAAAUGUGCACACUCUGGAUCAGACAUCAGAAUAAAAGCCUGAAAUUUAAGUUGUUUGCGCAUAUGCAUGCUGCUGGCUGAGAAAACGCUGUGCACACUGUUGAGCAGAAAUGCAGGCUCCUCUCUGCCCCACAGAUGACCUCCUCCAAAACACAAAACCCCAUAAAAGCAGAGCAUGUUUAGCAGGUCACAUAGGUUAUUAGUAACAGGGUUCCUACACAGUUGGAAUUUUCAUACCUUUCCAUACCGUAAUUUUUAGAAUAAUUUUUGGAAAUACCUACUUCUCUGUUUUAGAAAACAGAAUUUUAGAACUGUGGUAAUAGUCUGAAAACAUGAAUAUUUUUCCAUACUUAUUUUUCAUUUUCCAUACUUUUGAAGACCUAAAAAAUUAUUGAAUUUGCGUAGGAACCCUGCUGAAAAUAAGCCUUUGUUUCUGAAGCUGAAAUCACAUUAUAUUGACAUCAUGGUACAGAUUAGAGUUCUGAUAUUGAGCUGAGCACAAAGAGAGUGUUCUCCACCAAUUUAACCCACACCCACAGAGGUUGCAUUGUCAUGUUUUGGUAUGCAAACAUUAGCAGACACUGGCCCCAUUUACAUGGGUAGUUUUCCUCAAUCUGAUUGAAAUCAAUCGGAUUAAGUGAAUCUGAUUCCAUCUGUAUACAUGAACUUUAAGAAAAGAGAUCCACGUUCAGUCCGUGUUUUCAUGGCCCCAGCUGAAUCCAAUUGUAUUGUAUUGUAUCAAUGGGAAUUGUUAAUAGGAACCAUUGUUUUAGUUCUGUUUUAGAGUUGCGCACGGACGUGUUUGUGUGUGUCACCGCCGUAGUUACCAGACCGAGCAGAGUAAGGAACCCUGUGUGUUGAAGUUUAAUAAAAGUAUAAUCCAGCCGGGUUACACAGCAAGAAGUGUACGCUUCGUCAGUCGCACGAAACAACACACUUUAACACUCCACUGUCCAGUUUUUCUGUUUGUUUGCCAUGUUUGUUUUCGUCUGGGCGCGCUCUGCGUACGUCACUACGUGCCUCUUGCGUACUACCGAGCACCUGCGCAGACCGAACAAGCCUCUCUGUAAACCCAAUCUGCUCCACUCAGCCGUAUAUAUGGAGCAUGGAGCGGAUUAUCAACCGGUGUAGACUAUCUCUUACAAUCCAACCCGAAAUACAAUCAGAUUCAGUGAAUCAGAUUGGCUAAGGUGUUUAUAUGAGACAUUUUGAAUCUGAUUGACCUUUCAAUCUGAUUGUAAAUAGGAUUUUUGGACCCAUGUAUACAGGGCCACUGUUGAACAAACUGUGUAUCAUCUGACACAAUCACAUUCUCUAUAGUUUUUAAAGGACUGCAUUUUAAUCAGAUAAUGAAAAGAGGAAAAACUUCUCAAUUACACCCAGUUCACUUUAACACCACUGCAAACUUCAACCUGUGUUUCAACAGGUGGUUUAAUUGGCACCACACAGAGUGUUUUCUCUGGUGAACAUCAUGUUUUAAAAACAGGUGAAAUUGACGGCAAAGCUGUUUGUAUCACAUUAGAUCAGUGGUGGCUUCCCAUGUUUUUGUUUGAAUAGUACAAGUUCUGUAUGUUAGAAGUUGUGCAGCCAAGCAGAUGUGAUAACACUGCAGCUUUGCAGCUCAUUGCUGGAUUCUAAUCUUCUCCCUUUCCUUCUUUGUCUGCCUGCAGAACACCUCUCACAGGGAUCAGUGACUUCACUGCCACCAAGAACAAGAUCAUUCAGCUGUGCCUGGAGCUCACCACCACAGUUCAACAGGUCUGCACGCUAGUUAGUUCAACAGCACAUGUGUAGUAAGCCCAUGGGAAACCUACACACACACACAGAAACACACAAUAGUUUUUUCCACUGAGCACAUACCAACCCCAGGAGGCACAGACAUCCAGGAUAAAGUACAGUAGAAGAGUUAUAGGAAAUGUGGUCUGGCAACCAUGACACAACCCUGCAGCCAACAUUCGGAGCAUAUUAUUGCUAACACUGUUGUUUUUCUGGGGGUCCUUUUUUUUUCCUCCUGCCACCUAAUGAGGAGACCCCCUUUAGUGCCGGCCCUUUUAAUGGUAAACCUCGCCCCUGCGUUUCCAGUUUUAUAAAACCCACUGGCACUAUUGUAAAGGUGGCUGCCAACACUCUGCGUGCUGCUGUACUCCUCAGCCAUGUGGUUUCUGUUUUUGCUUCGCUAAGAUGCUCGCAGCAAGAGUCCAAACUGUCUGAAAGCACUUCCUGAGUUUUGGUUAAAAGCAGGGAUGAGGCGCAGGUCUAGAACACCGCUAGAUAGAUGGGUAACAGCUCCAACAGAGAUUCAGAACCCACCAUAGCUGUCAACUGUUUUGCAAAGGAUUGCUGUGGCAUUGCGUCAUAGUAUAAUGGGGUGUCUGCCUCUUUCCAUUUCAUGGUAAAACCCGUCUUAAAAAGGCUUAUGGUGAGCUGCCUUUUGUUCGGUAUAAAACCCAUGAGCUUGUAUGUACAUUUUGUCCCUCAUUAAAGGUUUCACCUUUGCAUAGAAAUCUGCUCUGCUUGCCCCGGUCGUGAAAGUUGCCACAGAGACUGCAGGUGUCAUUUUUGAGGGUUAUUGCAUCAAAAUAAAUUCCUUUCCCAGAGUGCCUAUUUCCCCACCAAUGUCUGGGAUUUCAGCACCUCUGGUGAUUUACUGUGGGUGUCUCGGUCAUGGUCAUCAAGGAGAAGUGGGGGUAUACAUUUCUCACACUGCCAUGUGAAGUUGGGAGUUUACGGUGUAGAAUACACUCCUGAAAGGUGCUGAAAGAGUCUUUUAAGACCGGAGUCAUUAGUUUCCUCCAACAUUUAAGCAAAGAAUAGUUUCAAAGAACCAAACAGUGGUGGAUACAACUCCUUAUUUUGGGCUAAUCCCAUCAUUUUAUUACCAUUUUGCAAAAUUUCUUUCAUAACAUGCAGGCCAAAGUAUGAGCCACUGGUUAAUAAUAAAAUAGGUUACACAGCAGUCUGCCACAGUGAUUAGUUUUAUGAUGGGGGAGGACGGCCUGAGGUUUGCCCAGCUCGUUCAUGAACUACAGCCAAGAAUCAGGGCUUUUCAGAUCACACAAUUUAUGUGUUCUGCCUGGAUGAAGCUUGUGUGUACACACACAAUGGGACACAGCCAUAAACUGUGAAUGCAUCACCCAUCUUGGCUGACCUGUCCAUUUAGAGGUCGGUCUCUUUCAACAAAUGCAUUUUUCAUCGAUCCACCAUGUCUUUCUUUCCUCACUUUUGACUCCUGCUUUGGAGAAAAAGAUGUGAAGCUGAUUUCUUUUUAUUUUGAGCAACACAGCAGCUCUAACUUAUCAGCUAUGGAUAUCACACGUUUAGGCUUCAUGAUUUACAGGCGGUCUGGAGAACACGUCUAAACUUUGUAGUCCAUCGUCUUUAUUUUACGCCUGUGUGAAAGCAGCCACCCUCGAGGUUUUUAGACAAUGCCAGCGUUCCUCUUUCUCUCUGGGCCACUCCAUUGCUUGACCAUGCAAAUCUGCUCUGUUGGCAGAUCAAAAGCCCAGAGAGCAAUACACCAAGAGUCAUCUGAUCCACACUGACUGUGGGAUCAGGUCCAUAAUGUGGGGGAUCAGCACACCCAGGGAAUUGUCCUGCAUUCUCUCUCAGGGUUGUGAUCGAGCUCUUGUUUCUGAGAGGGACUUUGGUUGUGACAAAGAACGGGGAAUCCUUCUUAAAAUGAUCCUCUAUGAUAUUUGUAGUUCCCAGUGGUACCUUCUUAGAAAAAAGCAGAAAUGUUCCAGAAUUUUUCAAGCUUGACAUAAGACGUGCCAAGCCAUGUCAGCAGUACAUAAUGAUGCUGUUUUGUUUCUAUGUAUGUAUUUUUAGCUCCCCCUUCUUGGCUCAGUCAACAGCGUAGUCAUCCAAACAUGGGCUCGUCUCUGAAAGAAAUAUGCAGUUGCAUGUGUCUACAAGCACAGCUAUAUUCUUUCUUAAACCUCUGUAUAUUCCCAGUUGAGUUUAGGAAAAAUUCGCUGUAUGGAAAGAUGGUUUUGGGACCCAUAAAUGAAACUUACUUUUUCAGCAUAUUGUUUCCAUUGGCUUUUAGGCCUUCCAAAAAAAAGGAACAUGUGGCAAAGUCACAUGUACCUUACCUCAGCACAAACAGGCUCUGAAGCUUGGCUAUAAAGUCACAUUAAAGGAGCACGUGAUGUGUUCUGCUUUAGUGUCCAGCCAUUUCUUACUUCACCGGACAUUCAUGCAAAGUCUUGUCAACGCAUACAAAUCAACAAUAUGUCAAGCCAAGUGCAUUUGAAAACAGACACUCCCCUUUAGUCCAGUGGAAUGUGCAAGCUAUGGAAAUAUGGAAAAACUUGUUCGACCCCCAUUUGCUGUCUACACAAUGGGUUUACAAAGAGUAACAGAGCUGGCUUUGUACACUGCACAUGCCUAUGCUUUUCUCUAAUACUGUCAGGACCAAAGUGUUAUUCUCCUAUCAAAAGGUUUGUGGAAAUAAGAGACACACAGGAGAAGAUUUUCAGAGCUCUGAAAUUUUGACAGAAGCAUUUCAUUUGUGUUUUGAUAAAUGAGGUGCCUUGGGCAAUGCCAGCAUUGGGUCACUUCUGUAAACAAGUCGAGCCCCCUCCCCUAAAUGCACAAGAGGCCCUUACUCCUGCUUAACCAGGGGCCCUUUCACCACCAGCAACACAGUUGUCAGGGGAGGCUGUUGCCUCAGCUGUGUCCAGUCCAGCUGCGGUCUAUGAGCGCUGUGUUUGGACACUUGGAAGGGGACGGUGGACAGUCUCCCAGCUGACUUUGCAGAUUCUAUCAGGAGUUCCUUCCCCCAGACAAGCAAGGUCAGAGCUACUGUGUCUCCCCACAAGCCCACCCACUUUAAACUGUGGGAAGCAUUGAUGCAGUGAAAACCGAAGCAUUGCUUGGAUGAGGGCUUUCUAAAUAUCAUUGCUCUUUUUUUUUUCUCUGUUGUUCCACACCAUGUCAUCUGCACAUUGUUGCUGUAUGAGUGUUGGUAUGAUAUUUACUUUUUGAUACAGUCAGCUGAACCACACAGAUCAUUAUGCAGUUAUAUCUUACCCAGAAUUAAAGCUGGAGGGUAAUUUGAAAUCUAAAGCUGUUUAUUUGUGGCCGUUCUCCAUUUUUCUCAGCUCUAUAUCUGGAAAGCUGAUUAUAUCGUAUUUCCCAAACCCCUAUACUUUUUCUGUCUUUAACCGUUGAAAAACUUCUUCCUCCUCCUCUCUGCUGUUUACUGCUCACAAGCCUAAUCUGUCAUCACUGUUUUCUCUAUAACAGGACUGCAGUGUUUACGAGAUGGAAGAGAAGAUCCUAGAAGUGGUGAGUACGCUGCAUAUCUUCUCUUUGUUACCAAUCAUGUCAACUACAUGAGUCCCUGAGGUUUCUUUACGGAGGUAAAACGUCUGUUUUAUCGUUUAGGUGAAUGCCUUUUUUUUUUCAAAACGAUUGUGUGACAUGCUAGCAGCAGAAAGGUCAGUUCUCUGAGUGAAUAGAGCCGACAGGUCUAUUGGACUGCCAGCAGAGGGGGCGGCUCUAAUACGCCCCCGCCAUCAAUCAGUGUUUCCUGUUGCUGACACUCUCCAGACCCACUGGGCUUCCUCUCGCACUGUCUCUCUCUCCCCCUCAGACAUCCUUCAGGAAAGUGGAGCGAAGGAUCUUUGUUUAUUUCUUUAUUUAAUCAAACUUAGCAUUCCCCAACUCCUGUCUGUGUUCUCAUGUUCUCCUCACAUUGUCAUCACCUCUUUUUGCUUUUCUGUGAGUGCCAUAUUUGAUUCUCCUCUACUCCAUCUUAACGACCCUCAUUAUGUCUUCUGUCAACAUAAGCUCACCCUCUCAUGGUGCGCACACCAUGUGUUUAGAAUAAAAUACAUGUCCCAGAACGGUCCCCUUUAAUGAUGAUUUUUUUUCCUGCAACAAGCAGAAGAAGAAGAAGCAGAUAGAAGAUUGGUGUGUGCAAGUUGUUUUUAGUGUAACUGGUUUGUCCAGUUAAUGGCCCACUAAUUGUACCUUUAAGCCCACUGAGCUUUGAAGUGGAAUGAACCACAGCUGUAAAAAUCUGAUUCCAGGUUCAUUUGUAGCAGGCUAACUGCAAAAACAUACAAACCUUGAGUGUUAGAGUUUUUUUUUGAGAUUUUAGCCUUUGUUGACAGGACAGGGAGACAUGAAGAGAGGGGGGAGAAUAUGCAGCACAUGGUCAGGGAUGGACUCAAACCUGCACUAUGGGGUGCGCUAACCCGCUCGGUCAUCUGCGCGCCCCAGUGUUAGAGGGUUUUUUAGAGCAAUAAAAACACUACAAGUUUAUAAGAAUCUUGUGCUUCUAUAUUGAUAAUCAAUACAUACUGUUGUGCCUUUCCCUUUGCAGUCUAGGAUUUUGAACAGCAUCUGUGAUCAGACCGUGAGAACCACCUCUGACCCCCUGAUGAGCCAGUCCGCCUGCUUGGAAGAAGUCCAGCUGACCAAUAUCAAACCAGGAGAGGGGCUGGUAAGGAAUGCUGGGAGGAUUUUUUUUGUCAUCCAUCAGUCCAAAACCCCAAAGCUGUGAUCUUUAAGGCCAGGAAUCCGUGCAAUGUGGCCUCUAGAUAAUUUUUGUAUAUCUUUCUCCCUUUGGGAAUUUGUUUUUUUACUGCGACUAUUUAAUAAAGUCCUUUUAUUUUCUCCCAGGGGAUGUACAUCAAGUCAACAUAUGAUGGGCUGCACGUCAUCACAGGAACCACAGAGCAUGUGAGUAUGACAAUAUGCUGACCACAAGAAUGCAAUCUGCCCCUUCCCCUUCUGCAAAGGACUGUUUGUGGUGCAGAUAGCCAUUUGCAGUCCUGGUUAUUAUUCUUUUUUAUGCUUUUUUAGUUGCUACUUCUUUCUUAACCCUCACAUACUGUUCAAAUCCUGUACCCUCAUAGUAUGCUCCGGAUCAAAAUUGCCCCUUCAAAGAGUUCAAAGAGCAGCUUUCUGUCACAGGAAGUUCUCUUGACUAAUAGGUCAUUUUGACCUCUGUCUAGGUGUGUCUUGUGUAUGUCUGUGUGCGUGCGUGUGUGUGUGUGUGUUUCUGUCAAGGUAAUGAUAGUUUCAUAAUGAUUUGAAUAUAUCUUUUUGAACAACAAACCUUAUAUUGAACAUGGUUGUUACUGUUUGUCACUUGUCCCACACUGCUAGAUCUAAAAUCCAUCUAAAUAGAUACGGGUCAAAUUUGACCUGUAACAGCCUUAAAGGGGAAACAUUUGUAGCACGUAAACAAAAAUACACAUGAUUAUUUUUAAAUUAAUUUCAUGUAUUUUGGGCAACUUCAGGAAAAGUCAUCAAGUUUCAGGCUUAAAAAAUGAUGUUUAGGGUAUUUUUUACUGCUGUUAAAAGUCAAAACGGGUCAAAUUUGACCCAAACAGUAUGUGAGGGUUAACUGAAGUUUGAUUUGCACUUAGUUUUGAAGAACAAACAUCUGAUUAAUAGUUUUGAAAACUCCUCAUUCUCACCCUCCUCAUCGGCUUCACACAGAGGGCACAAAGAGUUCUCUGAAAAAGUUCAGAGUUACAGGAAUUGUUUGUUUCUGAGCUCAAGUAACCAGUAAAUAUCACAAACAGCCUCCACAAAAAAGACGUCCUACCUUCCCGACACUGAGACACACAGUCAGUCAAUGACUAAUACACCAGCAUCAUUGUCACCGACGUGUCCUCGCCUCCGGUCUUUGAUGUGAAUCAGGACCUGAAUCAUCACCAAUAAUGACGGGUUUAUCCUGUUCAUCAUCCGUGUGACACACAAAACAUUUUUACGGAUAUUCAUAUACGCACUUCUCACGAUUUAAGCUUGGAGUGUUUGUUUUUAAGUUGAAAAUGUCAAAAGCAGAAAUCAGACAGAGGUAGAGGAACAGUUGCUGUUUUAAAAAAGUGGUUUAUCUAACUUAAUGCUUUACUCUUUUUGUUCUCUAGUCACCUGCAGACCUGAGCAGAAAGAUUCAUGCCGGUGACGAGGUGAUCCAGGUCAACCACCAGACAGUGGUAAGAUUUAAUCUUUGUUUGACUGAACAUGGUGUCAGUAUCAGAACAUCUUGAGUUAUUGAUAGAAUACUGUUUUUCCUAUCCUGUGAAUCAGGUGGGCUGGCAGCUGAAAAACCUGGUUGUGAAACUGAGGGAGGACCCUAAAGGUGUGGUUCUCCUCCUUAAGAAAAGGCCUACAGGCACUACAGGCUUCACCCCCGCCCCGCUCAAGAACAUGCGCUGGAAGCCCCCAGUACCACAGGUACGUACACUCACGCACACAAGCUCCCACACAUCCACCUCCAUUAUGAAAGAUCAACAAAAGCCAGUGAGUCUAGUCAUUGUCAAACAAUUAUCAGCUUUUUAGGGAGUUGGUUCCAAAAGGACAUGUUCAGACAAGCGCCAGAAGCCACCCUGAAAGCCCUGCCGGCUGAACUGAAAACAACAUUUUUGUCAUGGGUGACAUCAGAGGCAAAUAAAGUUCCAUGAUGUCAAUGAGUCUGGGAGAGAAAGCUGCAAGCCUGUUUCAUUGGAGUCUAGUUUGAUUGUAUCUGCUUUAUUAGAUGUCCAGGUGUUACAAUAGAGUGGAGACAAUAGAGCCCAUAUGAUUCAUUUGAUUUGCUUUCACUCUCUGCCUUUGCCAAGAAAAACAUCCUUAAUGCCUGCUAUCUAAAGAGAGGUCAUGGGUAGCUAAUUUAAAUCGUACUAAUCAGGUUAUGUGGCUCUAAUCCAAUUUGGUAUUAUCCUCAUGUGAACACAUUAGUCUGAACUUAGCUUUUAACCACAUCUCCCCACCUGAGUCCCCAUUUAACAGACAGGCAGACAAUAAGCCCUGUGUAAGCUAAGACUACCAAAUUUCAGACUGUGGCUUUGUCUCAUCAUGCGUAGCAUGUUUUAUAGCCUGAGAAGGCAAGAUGAGAAGAUAUCAGAUCGGAGUGGGUUUUUGAAAAGCAACAAAGCACCUCUCAACACAAAGGUGGCCAAUGUCAACAUGUCCACCAGCAUCAUGUUUUAACACGUCCUUAGAGGUAUCGGGGUUAGACAUCUCAGUUUAUCUGUGAUAAUAAGGCUCCACAAGGCACAACAGAUACAAAUCACAAACACAAUCCAGGGGUGAUUGACACUGGCUUUGUAGUGCAGCAUAAUUUGUACACAUGGGAGCCAUCUGGGGCAGGAAAGGGAGAAGACGACUCCUGAGAUCUUAGAUCCAGUGCAGUUUGUCAUUAAUACAUCACAUGUACUACACUGUGUCAUCAGAUCUAUCAUUUGAGUUUGAUCAGACCUGCAGUGUACAUUUAGUCAAGGGCACAAUGUGAUUGAGUGUUGGGAAACAUAACUGUGGUAAAUGAGUUCAGCUAAAAGUACAUGUCUCACAGGCUAUUCUGGACUUCACUGUCAGUCUUUCCGUACCUCAAACAAGAAGGUUUAUACUCGGGGAGACACACAGGCACUUAAAUGUCUCACCACAUGUGGUAGACUCCUCCCAGUAGCCAGCAAGUCAUAUUUAGUUUUAUUUUGGAUAGUAGCCAAUGACUGCAUCCAGCAGCAGCAGCGGCAGCCAAUGGCUUUAUUUAUGACCAAAAAACUAUUAAACUGUAGGAAUGCAUAGAUGAGAGGCACAUGUGUGGAAACAGAGCUAAAGGGUAUUAAUAACUGUGUGUGAAGGUGAUAGUUUCAAACUUAAAGUUGGGUUUUCUCUUUCAGAACAAUUCUUCUUUGAUCAGAGCCCAGUCCCCCUGCAGCACAGCUAAUGGACCAACCAAAAAGGAGAAGCCUGCUAUCCUGGACCUGUACAUCCCCCCUCCUCCUCCAAUGCCUUACACUCCACGGUGAGCCACCUCAUUUCAUCUGCCAAACUCAGAUUUUAUGAGCUAUAGCUUGUUCAACAAUUUAAGAUCUGAAAGAGGGAUUAUAACACAUCACUGAACAAUCCACGUACUCCAGUUCAUCUUUGCCAUAUUUUCUCUUCAUAAUGACUGAAUCCUGGAAACAAGGUCGCCCAGCCUUCCUUCCAGUAUAUUGCACAUUCUGUUCUGCUUUUCUUCUGCCCACUAAGCUCCCACCAAAGACCUUAUGCAACAGACGUUUCAUCCUCCAUCUUCAGAAGAUCACUGCACUUGUUCACUCAUUGUUUUCUAAUGAGUAAUGAACAUUUGUUUCUCCACACAGGGAGGAGAGGACAGAGUCCUUCUCCAGCAUUAGUAAAAGACCAAAGGGCUCUGAGUCACCAAACUCCUUCCUGGACCAGGAGAGCAGACGGCGCUGCACUAUCCCAGAUUAUGACAAGCUAAGUGUUGGCUGUCCCAUCGAGGCCAAUGUGAUUCAGCCAAGGAUGAGGGAGCACAAGUCCUCACGUGGUUAGUUUUUUCUCAUUCAGAAAAUCUUGUAAAAAAAAAUAAAGUAUGUUGAAAUAUUGCAGCCAUUAAACACUGGACUCUUCUUUCUAGGGAAGCCUCGGCCCCUCUCAAUGCCAGCUGACACCUGCGUGGGAAUCGUGGAUCCUUAUGCUAAGCCCUGGGCACAGGGGAGAAAAGGUAAGAGCAACCAUCUUUCACUUCCAGAUGAAUCUGCUGUUUGAUUUUCAGAUAUCAGAACAAAAGUAAUAUAUCUUAAUAUUAUAUCUGGAUUUGACCAUGUUUUAAUACAUACAAAUUAGAAAUAAUACUUCCUGCAACAAGUUCACUUUGCAAUAUUUCUCUGGUUUAUUCAUUCAAAUGAUGAUACAGAGCACUUCAGGGUGUGACUCAAAUAACCCUAACUCAUCCAAAAACCUGUACAGGAGUUCUUUUAAGAAGGUUCCCAUAUAGAAGGUACAAGACUAUCACUUGUGCCUGUCAAUGACACAAUUUGAGGUUUUACUACAGUUUUUAUAGACUAAACAACCAAAGUACAAAAAAUAAGUUGAUGAGCUUUAGGACUUUUUUUGCAGUUUGAUUUUUUGUCAGAGCUAGCUAAGCCCAUUAGCUUUGAUAAGCUAGGCUAAGCUGCUGCUGGCUCUGACAUUAAAUUUUUACUGACUGUGUUUAUAUGACUGAUGUGUCAAACAUCAAACUUUUUUUAAAAACCUUUUCUUCUUGACUUCAAUAUUAUUGUCACGCUCUUUUAACAUGUUUAUGCGAAAAACUGAUAUGAAAAAGUGCACCUACUCUCUCCCAGCAGCCGCUUGUUUGUAGCGAGACCUCAGGACAGUUCGUCACAGACUGCUAAGGGGUGAUGCAGCUCAAGGAAGAACAUUUGUGAUUAUUUCUUCAUGGAAAUGCAAUCAGACCGAGACUCUUAAGGCAGAAGAACUACCGCGUCUGAAGUGCAAAUUGAUUAACAUCGUGAUUAUUACUUCAAGGAAAUGAUAAAAUAAUGAUCGUAAAUGUUCUUACUUGAGCUGCAUCAACCCACAGCAGUCAAUGAUGGACUAGCCCGAAGUGCUAUGGCUAGGACCCUACAUGUACUUUUGAUGAAGUUAGGUGCUGCUCUGAGCAUUAUUUGUAGCUAUAGAGUGGCUUUUUGGUUGAGGUUUGUUUAUGGCUCCUCAGACUGCUGUGUAUUGCUAUCGUGCGGUCUUUACUAAAGUUGAUAUAACUAGAGAAGCAAGCGGUCGGCAACAUUCAUCUCUCGACGGGGUGUCUAACUCUGUGUUACGGUGUGUUUGAGCCUAAAUUAAUUUUAUGCCGGAAUAUCCCUUUAAAAGCUGUUAACAAGAUGACCUUUCAUUGUCUCUGUGUUGUAGGUGAGGACCUCCUGUACAGAUACCUGAGCAAUGAGAGGAUCCCUACCAUUGCAGAGGAGGUCCCCUCAGUGUCUCCUCCCUACAGGCCAGCAGGAGAACGCCAACUGGUCAGAGUGGACCACAUCAGGGGCAGCCGCUACUACUCCAACUCAGACCUCCACAACAGCGCUACCAUCCCCUACCAGGAGGACUUGAGAAAGGCCCCCGUUGCCCCCGUCUCCAAGCGCACAACAGCAGAACGCUCGCUACUGGUCAGUUGGAUCACGCGGCUUAAGCUAUUGACUCACUGAUGAUGCGCUUCCUGUCUGGGGCUUCCUGUUCCUGUCUUGUGUCCUUCCUCAGUGCCUUUGAUUUUUAACGUCCAGCUGUUUUUUGGGCAGCUCGGGCUUUCUCACACUCCUCUCUCCCCAACCUCCAUAUUUCCCUGGUGUUACUACUACUACCAACUACUACUCCACCAAACUUGCUCUUGUAGUACUCACUACAUCGUGUCAUUAUCCCUUUAACACUGCCUACAACCUCCCCUCAUCUCUGACUACAAGAACCAUCUCUGCCUCAAGAGGAUACACUUUGGCCUUGUGUGGUGUCUAAGGACUCUUCUGUACAAAUUGAGUGAUGCUAUGUUUCAGUUGAAUGACCUCUGGUACUAUAAUUUAUGCUGUUUAUUAUUUAAACUUGCCUGUUACUUCAGCUAUUCACUCUCUUUGAUUUUAUUUGUGUUUUUAAGUUAUUGAAGUACAACUAAGUGAAACAAAGAGCAUACUUAACCAGUGAAACUGUGCUUCUACAUGUUACUUUCUUCUAUUGUGAUCAGUUGGUUACAUUUCCCUCUGCCAAAGGAUGCCUCCUGUAAGCUAUGCAUAUACCGCAGAAAGAGUUUUAUAGUCACUUAAGAUGACAAUGCUGCUUUGGUUGGCAAAAGGAUGUUUAUGUCUUGUGUCUUAUCACUAGCAAAUAUUUGUGCGGGAUUAAAGGCUAUGCACUCAAGUCGGUAAACUUUUAUAUCCUGUGUUUCAGUUUACUCUGCAAUUUCCCACCUAAAUGGCCUAUACAAACAGCUGGCUGACAAUUAUACAUGGUCAUUGGGAGCCAGGGUUUGAACCUAUCUUUUAAGACUCAUGGGUUAAAUGGCCAGCUGAUGCUGUGGGGAGGGACAGAUCAAGAGACAGAAUGACAGUAUUAUUUAAGAGAAAAUACAGGGAAGUAGUGUCUACUGUUGCUUUAUCUGCCUUUUUGUACGUUUUGAAUAGUGUUUUAUUAAAAACUGCAGUUUAUUUCAGUCAUCUUUGUGUUGUCUUCAUUUUGCUUUGAGGUGUUGAAUAACUGUCGAAGUGCUGGUUUUUGGUCUUGAAAACUACAUUGCUAAAAAGUGUUCGAGUACCAGUUUACAUUCUUAAAAACGUGUUUAGCACACAUUUUCAGUGAAGGACAGCUGUAGUCACUUUUAACUGCUGGCUUGCUAACCUGCUUUGACCUUUGAGGUGAACACUGCUUCUGUUUUUUUUCAGCAUGUGGUGAAACAGGAUAGCUCAUGUCAGCUUACCUUUUCUCUGCGUCUCAGAUGGUGAUGCUUAUGUAACGAAGUCCCUCUUUGAUGAUUUUUAAAUCCCAGCUGGGGGACCAUAUGGUCAAAGCAGGUUGUCCAUCAGGGGCUCUUAUUCUUGCACAUAUGUUAUCUAUUAAACAUUUAAAUGAGAGGCUAGGAUUACUUUGCCUGACAGCUUUUGCCGUUUUUAUUGAUCUGAAGAAGUGAAUGCCUUGGAUGGGUCAGCAGCACCUUUCACCAUGGGACUGAAUAUCACCUCCUUCCUUCCUGCCUUUAUUCUCUCUAUGCAUGACUUCAAUAAUGGACUUGGGCUUCUUUUCUUAUCUCUCCUUUUCUGUUUUGCUCUGCCCCAGCUUGCCAAACUGUAGUCGCCUGCGGUCGUCACUAAUUUGCACUUUCUGAAAACCUGUGGUCUUCUUAAAUACUACCUGCUCCCUGUUUACCCGCUGCAAAGUUUGCUAACCACUAACAAGUUGUGCCUGCAUAUCACAAAGGUUGGUUAAGAAUGAUAGUCUGAUUUAUUGGUAAAUUAUGCAUGUUGUUUAAUAUUAACCAGUCACAAAUAGACAAAUAUUAACCUGGAAUGUUUACCUCUCAGUUUUUCUGAUCCCUGUCUGAGGAAGAGCCCCAUUUUGCCACUUUACAAAAUAAGCAAAUAAAAGAUGACAUAUGGAGUUUUAAAACAACGUAAUUUGGGAUCAGCAGUAAUAAGAUUUGGACUGAGUUCUCUGCAAGAAAAGAUGCUGAAGUUUUGCAUUCUUUAUUGAACAAAUUUAAGAUAAUAUUCUGGAACAAGUACAAAGUAAUAAUGAUGAGCUGUAAAGAUGAAGAGUUGGAUUUUGGGCUCUGUAAACCUGUGGUAAUCAAACCCCAGGCUGUCAGAGCAACUCCAUCAGAGUAGUUGAUUCUGUCUAAAACAUGUUAACACAUGGGUUUUUAUGUAUCACAGGGACCUGACUGGCACUCUAGCAGUGACUUCCUCAACCGGUGAGUGUCUUUUCCCUUCACACAAAUGUGUACAUAAAGUUACCAACACAUAAGUUACCAACACAUACACAGUGUUACAUAGUCCAUAGGCCAGAACAGUAACUUAAGACCGGGGCGGGUCCAGUUUUCCUACAGGGAGUGCCAGCUAGCUGGACAUGGAAUCUUUUUAGCACAGUAGGUCCAUGAGUGGGUUGUUUUCCUGAUUAGUUGAAAUAUGUCAGAGUUGUCAAGCUUUAGACACAGAGAGAGUCAAACGGAUGCUGACAGUUGAAGCAUAAAAAGCAGAGUUAGCUUUGAAGCAUGGUGGUACAAGAGUUCUUUAAUUUCAGGAUGUGAAGUUACAGUUGAAUUUUGCGUCUGACAACUCUGUCUCACAAAAGAAAUAAAAAUAAAAUAAUAAAUAUAUUAUAAUAUUCAAUCUAAAUACAACAAAGAAUCUUUAAUAUGUGUGGGGCAGAGUUAGAAAACACUUAAAACAUCCUUGCUUUUAGGCCUAAAUAUAUCACUUGAAGUUUUCAGACCGAAUCAUUGCAGUUUCAUAAAACUCCCACAAUACCUUUCUAUGGAAACAGAGCACACCGGCUAUUUCACCGAAAAGGCAAAUGAAUUUAAACCUUAUUGUAAAAUGCCUCAAUAAGUUUCUCUGGUUUUGACUCAUCUCUCUGCUAUCUUUGAGUUUGAACGCUGCCCACACACCACCAGAGUGUAUUCUUCGCCAUCCACCUCCAAGACACCUUCACAUACUGAAGCAUCUUUAGAAAUGUCACAGUUAUGACGAAUCUUGAUUCUUCUUCACUUCGAACCAUAAAUAACCACUUCCCACUGUAAAAUGUGACGACUUCUGAGAAUUUCUCUUCAUCUGUCUCGUCAUCCAUGGCCCCUGUGUCUCUACUGGUCUUGGAUUCAGGGCCUUGGGGGGGUGUGACUCCACACAUUAGCAGUGGGAUCGGUGACUAAAUGCUUGGCACAAUACCACCACCCUCUGUGGCAGUUCUAUUCUAGGAACCACACAGAAGCACUCUGCAUCCGGUUUGUUGCACGCUUAAUCAUAACACAUCACUCCCAGUUAGGAUGUAUAAGGAGAUGCUUUAGUAAUUCAGCUAAGCAGGAGACUCACAGCCAGUGGAGAUUAAGAAAACGUGACAGGUAAUAAAGCAUGACAGUGAAUACAAUUGAGUGUCAUACUUUUUCAAUCCAUAAAAUUUAAAGCUGGACCAAUUCUGUUUUUACUUUCAUUUUUUAACAACAAUCCUACUCUGAAGGAUUGAGUCCAUUCUAUGUAGGAAGCAUUUUAACUAGAACAGAAACUUCUUACGCAAAGUGGUACUUCAAGGAGGAGACAAAGAUGUGAAAAUUUAUGGAUGACAGGAAAAAAGGCAGGAAAAACUAGCCAGAGACAGUUUGGGCCCAUGAAAUUGCAGGGUGAGGCCUGGCUGAGGUAAAUUGAGUAUUUUAAGCUUUGGGAACUGUCUUGUCUAACCAUGUUACUGUGACUGGUAGCCAAAUGUAUUAUCAGAACUGCUGCCUCUGACUUAAUGCCAACCCUAAAACAGAGGCUGCUUUGUGCAGACUGUAUUAAAGUUGGCUGGAUUUGAAUAUAGAUAAAGAUUGUGAAUGAGCUAAGAGGCAAUGAGUAGGUUUUGGGAUUUUUUUAAGGGAUACUGUUGACUGACCUGAAGUAUGAGGAUUAGAAAUGACUCGUUGGUGUACAAGCUGAUUUUACAACAAAGGACUUGAGCUUUACUGAUUUCUUUCCAGCUAUUAAGUGUUUAAUGUCCUUGUUUCUUACAGGUAUAAUCAACCACAAAUAAGAUCCUGGUCCUUUUCUCAAGCAGUAAGUAUAAUGUGUUGGGUUUGUAUAUUAAGAAAAAAAAGAUAAAAUGAUAUAAAUCCUACUAAUACAGAGCAAAAAGAAAGAAUGAUAUGUGCAGGUGCAGCAUGCGGUCACACACACACAAUAUAUCCACUGGUAUUUGGAGACAAGUAAGUGACUUCACUGCAUGUAAGGAUUGCAGUUGAGCUGUGGUUGGCAGGAGGCGUUUGAAUAUAAAACAUUAUUUACAGACUUAUGUCAUUUUACACAAUGACAAGACAACAGGUACCUAGGUAGGGUCUCCUGACUCAAAAAUGAAUUUCUUUUACUAAUACUAGCUGCUAGUUAGUAAGUCACCACUUCAUCCGCAUAAAAUGAAUGGCCUUAAAAUUUGGAGAAGAUGUUGAAAUUCAUCCCUUAGAAUAAAUGUGCUGAUUUGGUUAUGUCAUAGCUUUCCUCUCACAAUGUCACCAGGUUGAUAAUUCUUUUGGUAUCUUGUACUGCAGGCCUAGCUUUUACUUCAGAUGUUAGCAUUAUUAAUCAUUAAACUACAAUGUCAAGGAUCAUGAACAAAAAAAAAAAAUGCUAAAAAGCCACAGAUCUUCACUUUAGUAUUAGCUUCCGGCUGAAGCAUUUCCUAUAAACUCUGAUUCUUCAUUGAGUGGAUUUAUGAUCUCUUAGCUAAAGCAGAGGUGGAAAUUAAAUGACUAGAGGGGUAAACCCAGGACUCUUUGCUGUGUUUGUAUGCACACACACCCACACUAACACAUAAAGGAACUGCAGGGCCAUGAGUUACAGUCAGUCCUUUAUCAGCACAUACACCUCCACAGGGGUCAGAUAGAUUAGGUCCACAGUCAGUAUUGGCAUUGGAACAAAUCACAUUUGUUCAGAUUUAUGGUCCAUUGUGACUUGUUGUUGCACCACACAAGAAAACCUUGACCCUGCUGUAAAGAUACUGUAAACACAUAGGAUAGAAGGAGUAAUACAAGGACACAUUUGGUAUUUUACUGCUUUUUGUUUUGGUUGGUGGCUGAAAUUUGACUUGUUCAAUAUCUGCUGCACACAAGUAAAUAAAUUUAACAGGCACAUGCAGCAGGCUCUGAAUUAAGUGCCAGAAGCAGCUAAGCAGUCACUGCUGCUGGUAAGCAAAAGGGCAUGCAGUGCAAUCAAACAGAGCAAGCUAAAAUUUGAUAUCAUUUCCAGCCCUGCACCCUUCCCCCCUUCACUCUGUGUGAGAUUCCCCUGUCGAAUAAUAGCCACUCUGUUUGCUCCCUCUCUCAUGUGUCCCCCUCACACACAGACACACACACAGUUUCUGAGUUGGGGGGGGGUGGCAUGAACUAAGUGCCGUGGCAAUUCUCAGCAUGGAUCAUGAUGGGAGAUUGAGUGUUACAAUGGUGUGACCAAUCUGCAUUCCAGUGAAUCCUUCAGGCCUUUGACACGAGUUGCAGGCUAGAUUACCUCACUUCCACCCAAACAUAGCUUCGGCAAAGUGUCCCUUUAAAUUACCCCAAAGUGGCAUGCUGAGACCAUUUCUCUCAAUAUAGCAAUGAGAAGAGUGUGAGCUGUGUUGAAACCUUUAUCGAAGUCAAUGCGACUAAUUGAAACAUUAACCGAGUCUGGGAGUAACCUGCGAAAGUUAUUUGAUAUGGAUGACAAAGUUACGUUUACAAAUGCAAUGGGGGCAGGAGGAAACUACAGUGUGAGAAUGUGGGAGAUAUAAGAAAGAGGGUUCUUCAUAGUCCCUUCAUUCCACUCGCUUAAGACAAUAGCAAGUGGAGAGAGAAGAGGCCCCUGCCUAUUAAAGCAGAAAUGAAAUGGAGACUAUAAUAACGCAGGACUUAGGAAUGUGUCUGCUGGUUUGCCACCAUCCCUAUACAGGCCAACAAAGACCAGAACACCCAAGUGUCUGCAGAGAUACAGCUCAGGCUGUGAUGUUAUGGCUACAAAAUUUGCUUCUCAGGGAGACAGUGAAGGUUGUUGAUAGCAAGGUUGCAGGACUGGGUUACAUGAAACCCUUAUAUUUGUCCUUCUGCCAGGAAAAUAUCAUAAUGUAAUUUGUGAAUUUGUCUGAAAGCAUCAAGGGGAGGAUAUUCUGAAGCGCUCAUCUAGUUUGGCCGGACAAUAACACUUUUCCCAUUUUUUAUUUUUAAAUAAAAUUAUACUUAUUCAGCUGCACUAGUUUGGGUUGGUCUGUGAUAAAACUUUGAGCUAAUUUACAACUUAUUUUAACACAGGAGCCUUGUCUUGUCAAAAUUGCCUCUAAGUGACUGAAUGGUAUUAGCCAUAAGUAAGUUGUUUGAGCACAACUAUAACAGGCUGCUUAAAGACAGUGAGUUUAAAAAAAUGCACUGGAAUAAUUCCUCUCUUCCUGAAAGCUGUUGUGUCAUUUGUAUGGUGGCGUUUAGGGUUGUUAUAUAGUGAAAACAUAGCGACGCCCAGUGGUCAUACGGUGAAACUGCAACCGAAACGAGGCAACAAUGACUCCUAAAUUGUUGCAGCAUUUGAAAGAGACAAAAUUACAAUGCCUGUCCCAUUUUCUUCACCUCACGCUGGUUUAUAGUUUUAGAUAUGGAGAAAAAGGGUUACUACUCCCAAACAUGAUCUGUAUCUACUCGCCUGAACUCGACCGUCCUCUCUCUGAAUUUCUCCUUUGUCUUUUUCUGACAUGUGCGCCACGGUUUGGUCAGACUUGGAGCAGAAAUGUCGAGUUCACUUGCUUUCAGUGAAGUUGUGGUGGAAGGUAGGCGACAGUCAAAUGUCAGUAGUAUCUUUAUUAACAACCUCCUUGGUUAUCUAAAAUUCAAAUCAGUUUUGUAGUAGGCGGUGAUUUUGGAGCAAAACACAACUCAGAGCGUUUGACAUUAUUAUUUCUACCCAGGAAGGACUGAAACAUAAUCUCUCAAAGUUUUUUUAUUUUAAUUGAUCUGUUUAAUAGACAUCUUAAGAUAAACAAGAUUUUUAACUUGCAUUUUAAAAUCACCCAGGACGUUUGAGGGUUGGACUUCACUUUUAACUUUUUAUGUCUCAAACGUCAACACAGGCCUUCAUGCGUGUUCAAAUUCAGUAAAAAUAGUUGAAGCUUUCACUGUUAGGAUAAGUAUCUGCUCAUUUGUAUCCUUUUUUUGUUUUGUUUUUUAACAAGAUCAGACUUUAUCAUACUUUGUGCAGAAACCAAAAUUUGUCCCUAAAGUAAUACCCUAAAGCAAAACUACUAACUCCUGACCCUAUAUAGUUUUUGUUUCCUUAAAGGUACUAAUGGAAAAAGGUAGUAUGAGCUGAUUUGGUAUUAGCCUUAUAAAAAUAAAAGCCCUGUGUGGAUUUAAUGUGGUUCAAAAGAACAUUCAAACAUGUUCUGUAAGUCAGCAAAUGUUUAUGUUUUGUAUAAAUGUCAUUUCUUAUGACCACGCUUAACCUUUUAGUCCUGAUGAAAAAAAAAUACAGGAACUUAGUUAACACACACCCCUACAGCCAGGCUUGCUCUGUGGUUUCUGUGGUGCUCAUCAUACAUCCUCACACACAUACAAUUCAUCCGGAAAACACGAAAUGAUACAGUUUCUGUUAUGCAAGACAGACACUUAAGCGCGCACACAAACAGUAGCAUUUUAGAUGGUUGCUGUCAUUGUGUGAGGUUUAAAAGAAGACGCUCAAAUCAAGCUAAGGAGUUUGGACUUGAGGUAAACGUGUGGAGUUUUACAGAAUCAGGUAUGAGUCUUCUUCUCGCUUUUUGUAGUUGUUGGCCGCAGACUUUUCUAGGUUGAGUUUGGGGGGAGUGGUAAAGUGCAUACAGCAGUAGCAGGAUACGACCCUAAGACCCUUUGACCACACAGCCACCUGUUAUUUGUGGGGUGUUUGUCAUGACACAUUUAAGGUUGUAUGAUGUCAAGUUUAUGUAGGCUAAUGAAAACACUGUGGGGUUGAUAAAAAUCCACAAGGUUGUUUUAGAUUCUCUGUUAAGUUAUUUUCAAUAUUUAGACCUCAAAAGGCUUCCAGUGAUAAAAAUCUAGAAAUGUCUAAUUGUCAAUGCUAUUUUCACGGUUUCUCUGUGGUGGUUUCGUCCCUUUACAAAAAAGGAACUGAGCAGGGGAAGUUGGUCAAUCAUGCUGGCUUGGAUGUCUCAAAAUCUUCUUUGUCAUUGCUCAUAUAUGCUAGCCUAAAUAAUUGCAAAACACAUUUUUGUCCUUUUGCUUAACACUACUUAAAGUUUUCCCUUGAGAUGUGAUACUUCAGUGAGGUCUUUUUCUGUUUUUAGUAGUUUGAGGUCGAGUUUGUUGGGCAUGUGUCAUAUAUAGAAAUGCUGACUAUUGUGAACAGUCAGUCAAACUUGUGAUAGGAACCACUUUUUAGUCAUUUGACAUAAUUUCCUGUCCCAGCUUCCUUCUCCAUCGAAAGGAAAAUCUUCAUGCUCUCUACUUGUUUGUGUUAUUGUUCUACCCAACAAAAAAAGAAAAAAAAGUUCUACUUUCUGUGUUGUUUGCCCAUGACGUCACUUUCCCUUGUACUGGAGCAAAAAAAGUAUUUUGUUUGUUUGUUUUUAUUUCUGUUUUGCAUAUCUAUCUCCUGGUUAGUAGCAUACAAAUGUUUACCUUUAUAUCUUAAGGUAUCCCUAUCUUCUGUUCUCUCUUAACAGGCUGCCUUCCCCAUAUCUGUGCCCCCUUCUAUGGCUGCUGAUGACUACAACCCUGUAAGUCUCCUUCCCUUUUUGAUUGUGACAUUUACUCAGGCUGACCUUGCCUUGUUUUUCGCAACUAAUGAAAUCCCCACUUAUUUAAUCUUUGAACUCCUUCUUUUAGUAUUUUUUAUAUCAAUGUUGAAUAUUUAUAGCGACAAAGGCUUAUGCUAUAUCAGGGGGUAAGUUUGUUUUUCUAUCAGCAAUUCAUUUUAGUCUAUGAAGGACUGAAAACUGCCAAAGUGAUUAAAAGAAAGGACAACCUGUAAAACUGAGAGCCAGGUCAUAGAUGGAGAUUUUAGAGAGAGUGGGUGUAUUGAUUUAUGUGGGUGGGGUUGGGGGGCAGACAAAAUGCAUGCGACACGUGUGUGAAACAGGAUGCUACACACAGACGCAUAUUUGCAGUUGUGGCGUUUCAGCCUACAAAUGUGUCUCGUGAUUCUCUGAUUUAACAUUUGCGCCAUUUGCUUUCCUCACAAAGGUCUCCCUGCGACACAAGUCCAAGAAGAAGAGCCGAGGAGGUAAGAUGUUGCCCAUGAGCCUUCAUCUCUUUUUCUCCUUGGGUGCCCUCAGCUGUAAUUUGGACCUUUUGUAGGCGUGUGCAAAGAGUCAGGGCAAUUGGUGUGGGCAGAGGGCUUUCAGACAUCGCUCAGCCACUUUCACUUCAGUUUGUCUAUUUUAGUUCUCUGUACACGUGUCACGGAUUCUUCUUAUUCCUCUCUUUAGAUCAGUGGAAAAAUUUGUGUUGUGACCUCUGGCUGGUUUACUAUUGGAAUAGGUGGGCUGAAAAUGGCUGUGGCACACUGGAAAUGACUGUCAUGUCAGCGUUAUUUUGAAAGUUCAAUAAGUUAUUGACUGAAUGCAGUGGCCCGCUUUGUACUCUAAUGGAAAUGUUUUGGUCAUUCACUUCAGUAUUUUAGCCUCUGCAACUUUUUGCUUCCUCUAGCACUUAGCUGUGACUUCAUUUACGCGUGUUUUCUACAUGCAGGCAAUGGUACAAUGAGCAGGAGAAGGAUCUCUGUCAAAGAGCUGGGCCAGCCAGACCACCAGGGUUGGCUUUACAGGAAGAAAGAGGGAAAAGGCUUCCUCGGUAUCAAAUGGAAGAAGUACUGGUUUGUGCUGAAGAAGACAGCUCUGUACUGGUACGCCAACCAACUGGUGAGUGAAUACUCUCUUUCUUUGCAAAGGACACAUGUUUAGAUGGUGGACUCAAAGCUCUAGCUUCACGAACCAUGAAUCACAAAGAUUUAUUAAACAAACACCGAAUUAGGUUCAGUUCCUGUAUUUUUCUUAUCUUCACACAGGUUUGUUUUUAUAACUACAAGCAAGUUUGGUAGUGUGUUAUUUUGGGGCAACAUUUUAUAUCAACCAAGUUAAUGAUUGCUGAGAUACUGUGUAAAAAUGUAAUGCAAUUUCAGGACAAACAGAAGUAAUUUCAAAUAUCCUGUGCAGCAGAUAUAUUUAUAGCUUUGAUUUAACUACAGCUGCUCCAGAGCUUGGUAGUGAAGGAAUAUGUUACACUGCGCAGUUAUGGCUCUGUAUGUUUAGUGAUUCAUUUUAAUACACCGCGCUGAAGGGUGUUUAAGGAACAUGUUGGUUUUGAGUAUUUGUUUUUGUUUUUAUACAGUCUGGAAAAAGACCAUAUCUUAAAGUUUCUUUUGAGCUGUAUGAUUAAUUUCAAAGAUCAAAUAGCAAAACUUCUGUUGCAUUUUCUUCAAACAAAAAUUGCUCACCAAGUCAGACCCAUUCACUGUAUUGGUAUGCUACUGAUUAUGACUCAGUUCACUUGUGGUUUAAAUCCAGUUGCUUUCAGAUUACAUUGAUUUUUAUUUGGGUUGAUUUGUUUUUUUAUCUGUACAAUAGCUGAAUAUCAAUGUGAAAUGGAGUGGAAUUCUCAUCACAUCUUCUCAUCUCAUUGCCUAUCACAUUUACACUUUCACACAUUUGUUCACACUCUAAUGGCAGAGUUUGCAGUUCUAGUUUCAUCUGCCUAACCAGGUCUCUCAAAAUAAGUUCAUAUUUUCAUUCCCUGAUUACUAUGCUUUCAGUUUGGGGUUCAGUGUCUCUUUUGCUAGCUUGAAGCGAACCUAAUAAAAGCUUUGACAAGAAUGCCCUUUGUUACUUAUCACAAAUGUACUUAUUGAGUCUCUGACACUGAUGCAGUGUGACUGCAGGCUGCAGAUGAGUCAUUCUCGUCUCUGCCACAGCUGUCUCCCUGCCAGUCUGUCUCUCCAGCAACCACCAAGCAGCGUCACUGUGUUUCCUGAAUGUGCCAGUGUCAGUGACGGCCCGUCAUAUUUUAACACACAUUGGAACUGUCAUGCUCGAUUUACUGGCAUGAUGACUUCAAUCAUGUCUACUGUAUGUCACCACUGCAUGAGGAAAUAGCAGAAGUAGCAUGCUGCAAUUCAGCUGCAGGUGUCAUUGUCAGGAAGUGGUUUGAAAGGAUCAGUUUGUUAAGCGUUCAAUGUGUGUGUUGCAGGCAGAAAAGGCUGAAGGCUACAUUGACCUCACCAACUUCAUGAUUGACAGAGCCAUAGAGUGCAAGAAGAAACAGUAAGUUUAUAGUAACACUCAUCUCACUUUGAAGUGAAACCUCAUCAGGUAGCACGUACUACCAAAUUUUAAAAGGCACUGUCAUGAGACCUGAAAAAGUUUCAAUUAAAGUGUAAAUUACUGUGUUGCUUUUUUUGUGUGCUCAUUUUUUUCUCUCUUACCCAGUGCGUUCAAAGCCUGCCACCCACACGUCAUGAUGUUUUAUUUUGCUGCUGAGAGUCAUGAAGAGAUGAAUUUGUAAGUCACAUAACAGUAUAAAAUAGUGUCUAUUUCUCAAAGAAUUUUUUAAAUGUUUUGCCUUUUUUGUCGUGUUUCAAGUUGAAAACUCUUUAUUUUAGAUGGUUGAAUAAGCUUGGACUGGCCUCCAUUCAGUAUGAGCCAACAGACCCAAACACUACAGCUGGUGAGCUCCUUUUGAAAAUCAGACAUGUUUUUUUUUUGUUACUGGUUAUGGAAUUGGAAAAAACACUGCGGGUAUCUGGGGAUUUGAUGGAUUCUGAUUUUUGUGUUUUUGUGUUCGUGCCUCUGCAGAGUGUUACAGUGAAGCCAGUGACCAUGAAGAGGCAGAAAGCACAGAGAUUCCCCCACCACCAUACUCAGAACAAACCCUGCGGGCCUCUGUGGAUACAUCUGAUCCACCUGGUAGCACACAUCAGGUUAGUCUUGUCUCUAGCUCCAGACAUGUUACACUGCUCCAGAAGUCACUACAAUACCAGAGGCCAACAUUCAUCCAGUGUUGUGAUUACUUAAGUAUAUGUAGUAAGUGAGUGCCAGCCAAUGUGAGAAAAUAAAGAAAUAAAAGAGAAAAUAAAAACAUGGUUGACUUUUUUUCCACAUGAAUAAAAUAAAACAACAUUAAAGUUGUCAGUGUUGUAUUUGUCUUUCAGGGAACCCUUCCUCCCCCUUACUCCUCCGCAGUCCCCAGCGAAGCAAACGGUUCCCUCUCCUCCCCUGUCAGCACCAUGACCUCACAGAGCUCCUCCUCCUCGCUAGCCAAACACAGACAGUCUUGGAUGGACCUGGUCUCGCAGGCGUCACCUCCCGCAGGAGAAACAGCAGUGGUGUGCUCAGUUCAAGUACACACACAUCAGCCUUCACAAGAAGAGACAGAAGAAGAGGAUAAUUCUGAGGCAUUGGAGAGCUCAUCCCACCAGGAUGAAGGUCUAACUGUGGAGAGGGAGGAAGCACAGGGGGUCAUUCCAGGGGCCGAGGAAGAAGGUGACACUUUGUUUUGUGACUUUUGUACUUCUUCAAUAACUAUCUUGCCUUAUCCCCAAAUAUGAAAGGUGUUCGAUCAGGUUGAUUUUUGAGGAAACUUUAGUCUGAGUACUUUUUGUGAUUUUGGUGUUUAUGGUGCGAUACCUGUGUUGCAGUGCAUGAUGGGAACAGCAGAGAUGAAAUGGAGAAGCUGUAUAUUCAUCUAAAAGAGGCCAGCCUUUCACCAAUAGGGGAUCGUAAACCAUCCACGAAAAGGGAGUUCAGAGCCUCGUUUAUUAAACGCUGUAAAAACCAAACUGUCAAUGACAGACUGCACCUUAUCAGGACUCUCAACAGCACUUUAAAGGUACAUUUUCCAGAUCACACAGACCAUUUUCAACUUUUUAUACUGUUCUUACCUUUGACUGAUCUCAAAAAAUUCCUGCGUAGUUAGAAUGUUUUUACUAAUUUUCCCCAUUUUCCUUGUCUUUCUCUGUCACAGUCAAAAGAGGCAGACCUACAGGCGAUAGAGCAGGUGCUGUCAGACCCGGAGCUGACCUCAGGCAAGUUCAGAGAAUGGAAGGAGGCCAACGCACCUCUGGUGCAGGAGAUUUGUGUCAAACAGGACCAGCAGGGGGCAUCAGAAGUCACAAAAGCUGCAGCACCAGACAUUGCUGCUCCAGUGGCAGAGACCAGUUUAUAAAAACUCUUUAAUGCUGUUUCUCAUGUGAUCUGGACUUAAAUAACAUCAACCUUUCAUAUUUUGAACACACACACACACACACACACACACACACACACACACACACACACACACACACACACACACACACACACACACACACACACACACACACACACACACACACACACACACAGAGUUAAGACUACUGUUAUGAAUCAGUGGUUUUAAAUUUCGGUUCAUCAAGUAUCUGGAUCAAUGAAGUGUAUAAGGUUUCUUAGAGAGUAUGGCCAACACAUACUGUGAUAAGCAGAUCACAUAAAAAUGUGAAAUGAACUGUAGUAUUUUUUCAGUCGACGUAGAUGUAAGAAUAGCCAGUUUUACACUUCUACCGUUUUUUUUUUUUUUUUUUUUUUGUAAUUGUGAACCUGUGUAUAUUGUUUUAUAUUUUAAUUUUUGGAGUACAUUUAAAUGAUGGAUUUCAUUUCCCUGCAUUAAAACACUUGUUUUAACAGUAUGUUUUGUCUACUUGUGUACUUUUCAAAGUUAACAAGUUUUAACAUUUUUUAUUCAAUUAUUGGUGCCAUGCACCUUCACUGUCUGUUACAUGUGCUUUCAAUAACUUGUUUGAAUAUGUGUAUUAUGUCCUUUGAAAUUAUAUUGUCAUUUACCCAACAUCAAGAUUUUACAGGCAGAACAGCAGCAGCUGCACUAACUGAAUGUUGGCUACAGAUCAUGAUAUUUUAAUUUGAUUUUGAUUUUCAGGCGUCAGAUCAAUUUCAGUGCAGUGUAAUUCCAUGUCAUACAGAACAGUUUGCCUUGUUUCCCCUUGUUUCAACAGGAAUGCUUAAACUGUGAAUUGUACUGGACAGAGCCAAAUUAAUGAAGAAUUUUAAUCUCA